AUGUCUAAGAAGGAUGUGGCGUGUUUCUGGAUCAUACUGCUCCUGUGCCAAGAGCUACGGACCGACCCAAUUGCAGAGAUGGGACCAUCCUCCGGCAUCCUGAUUCAAGAAACACCAGGGUUCAUCUUAACAGAGAAGAGGAUCCUGACCCGACGUGUGUUCGUCAGCUUGGACCCCAAGAUUUCCAUCGAGAAGGCAUACAACAUUUCAUCGAUGCAGCUUCCUGCGUUACAGACUUGGUACCAGAUGCACCUCCAAAGAGCACAGGACCAUGUGCGAAACAUCUUGGAGCAAGCCCGGAAACCAUUUGUAUCCAGUUCUAUUCCGAUGAGCAACCGACCCAAAAGGUUCCUCACCGCUAUAAUUGUUGCAUUAGUUUGUGCCACUGUCGGUGCAGUUGUCGCAACUGGAAUGUCUGCAGCCAACUCUAUUACUGUCCAAAAGCUGGAUAUGGAAAUCUAUGCGCUAAAGCAACACAUUAACGAUAUUCAUCAGGUGAUAAACCAGCAAAGAACACUUCUCCAAGACGUGUUAACUAUUGUGGAAGACACAGUUGUUACAACAAAUUUGCAUUCGGAGUUAAUUGCCAAAUCCACUGAGUUGCACCAAAGUCAUGACUUAUUUAAGCGUGAACUUCUAUUUCUGCAUGACCCAAUAUUGUUCCACACACUUGCUUUUCUUGACGAAGUGCAAACUGGAAUGAUCGAAUUGGCAGGGGGACGCAUACCUCUGUAUUUUGUAUCCAAGGAUAUUGUUCAUGCGAUGAUUGCCAAUGUGGAUGGAGAGACAAUUGAGCCUAUGCAAUUAAAUCUGGCCUUUGAGAUGGGGAGCACUAUACCUCUCUUAAUUAAUCCGGAACGUAUGGAGAUUUGCUUUUUAUUGACCAUACCAUAUGUAACUCCCAAAGACAUUUUUCAAAUGAAAACAAUGUACUAUGUAAUAAUGAUAUUAUGGUUGAUUGUACUAAGUGUAAAGUUCAAAACUCUUACAGGUACAAAUAUAUACAAAAAUGUUCAUUCCACGCACGGGCCUAUGUUAGAAAUGAUGUGAUUGCACAAUAUGUCUGGUAACUUCCAUAGUGCUUAUUCAUAAGCUAAAUUAAUUUUGGCUAUGAAAUGCACUAAAGGGGGGUUAUGUCAGGGUAUUUAUAUCGGCAGACAUUUUGUGCUAUGAUAGAAACUAAAAGUGUAUAUUCUGAGUCACUCUGAACAGACCAGAAUCCAAGAGGAAGAGGAAUAUAAUCAAAUCUAAAUCCAGACAAUUGUGACAGAGAAGAUUAAAUAAUUUAAUUUUACUGUCUAUAUAUAUAUAAGGUACCAUUGUAUGGAAUUGUAUGGAAAAGGGUAAACUUAGUUCAUGAUCUGCCAUAUCAGAAAUUAUGGCAGGAAUUGCAGACGCUAAGUCUGGACAAAAUUUAAGAAACCCUUUGAAAUUUUAAAUUAUGGCACUAUAAAGAUAAUGCAAAAUGACGUCAAAAUAGCCACCAGGAAAAGUUAACUCUUUCCUGGAUAGGUAUGUUUAGUGGGACAAGACUGCCCUCUAUAGACCAAAUACCUAAAUUGCGAUCUGGAAGAUAACCACACCUCUAGUGCUUCUAUUGGGUUAUCAACUGAUGACGUACAGAGAGUCUGGCCCUUUAAAAGUUAAGACAAAGGGAAGAGAGAGGUAGGCAGGGGAGGCAGGAGAUGCAAAGGAGAGGAGAGAGGAAUUGGAAGUUUGGGGAUUCCAACUCGGACAACAUCUGAGACUAACACUCUACUCCUAAAACUCUAACACUUAGAAUUUACUGACUUUCUAUCCAACACCUCCAUGCAGAGAGACAUCCAAACAAGUUCCUGAGACUACUAAUCGGAUGAAAUAUCUACUCAACUGGUAAUUAUACUGGUUUCAUUUAAUUAAUUAAAUUAAUUAAAAUGUACUAAUUGCAUUAUAUAUGACUGGAUAAAGCACGGUCAGAUUUCCAUAUUAAGAAAUCUUAGUUAACUAAAGAAUAUAUAGUUAUAAACAUUCCAUUCUGCAGGUGGAAUUAAGAAUAAUUAUAUAUUAAUGUGAUAUUAUCACGUGUUAGCAUACCGUUGUUUUUAUCCAGGUGUAUUGAUGUGCUCUAAAUUAAGAUAAGAUAUCUUUUAGACAAAUUAAAAACAAACUCUACUCAUAAAAUAUGGUAGAUUCUCUUAUUGGAUGGUUCCAGGAAAUGACUAAUGAACUGGUUUAAAUGUUAUUUUAUUUAAAAAUUGCAUAAGAAUAGAUCCUAAUUAUCUAGGAGGUCUAGCCAGCAUUGGAAGGGUUAUUCUAAUUGUUAGCUAAACUUUACGACCUUAUGCUGCACUCCGAGGAAUUCUGUUCUUCGCUGUGAAAAGUUUCACUUUCAGUCUGUGUUAAAGAUAGUCAUAAAUAAAGUCUUGGCAGAAAAUGCUAUUUAGCCAUUGAAACGUAAUACCCAUUCCUUUGUAUUGCAUAUCAUUUUAUACUAGAUAUUCAUUGAUUAUUGUCAUGCAUGUUACAUAUUAUUAUUAAUUAACUUGUUAUUAUAAAUAAAAUCUAUUUUUAUAAUAAAAUUGUAAUAUUAUUUAUAUGAUAUACUUCUCACUUAACACGAUAACGAUAUUUGGGAUCUGAGAAUUGAAUUAGUGGGCAAUUCUCACUGUUACUAUUAUUAUCCCAUAAAUAUCCCCACAUGUUCUAGGGAGGUAAGGCCAGCAACCUCACUCUACAGCAUCAGAAGGAUUACCAUGGAGGGGAGAUCAGCAUCCUCACUCCCCAGCUGUCAGGAUUAAUAGUUGAUCCAGCACGUAGAACUGUAUCACACCUAGGACUAAAUGGUAACGUCUUACUGGGCCUUAGAAUGGCCGGACUUAACGUACCAGAGAAUAGUCAGAAUAUUUGACAAGGUUGGGGACACAGAAUGAGACACAACAAUGAAGGAAAGCCAAAAGUCAGGGAUACCAGAAUACAGGGAAGUCAAACAAAGCCAAAGUCAAUAACCAGAAAUAAACGCUCAGAAACACACUCUUGGACAACCACUAUGGGGAACCACAACAGGGCAAUGAGUGGAAGUAAAAAUGCGUUUAAAUAAGCCUUUUACAAAUUUGAUUGGCCGAAAUCGGCCUUUGACUCCAGAACGUGUACGCGCCCCUCCUACGUGACGUCACAUGCACGCCGACUUCGUCAUCACCAUGGGCGGACAUAGGGCUAUAAUUUGGCGUGGAUCCACAGCGGCCGGCAUCCACCUACGUGUUGCAGGAGUCAGGUACACUGACGCAUGGCUGCUGAGUGCAGACAUUGCAACCUGAGGAUGGAUAUGUUACAUUACCCCCCACCUGAAGACCACCCACCUGGCAGGCAGGACCCGGCUUGAGGGGAAACCUGGUGUGGAAAUAACAAAUCUUGCGACCAGCAUGAAUAUCGGAGACCGGAACCCAAGAACGUUCGGCAGGCCCAUAACCCCUCAAAUUAACCAAAACUGUAAUGAACCACGAGAGAACCUGGAAUCGAUUAUGGAAGAGACUUCAUACUCCUCCUGUCCAGAAACAACCAACGCGGGAGGUGGAACACUUGGGACAGUAUACUUAUUGCAAAUAAGUAGUUUGAGCAAAGAAACAUGAAAUGUAUUAGGAAUACGUAAUUAGGCUGGGAGAGCCAGAGAAUAUGAAACAGGAUUAAUUCUACAAAGGAUACGAAAUGGACCAAGGAAUCUGGGAGCAAACUUCAUGCUAGGAACUUUAAGUCCACUUGGUAAACAGGGUUGGCACCCUGCCAUUGUCAGGAUCUUAUUCUGACAACUAAGUUUUAUGUUCGUUUAUUUCUGUUCCUUUAAAUCCAGUACCUGUUUCUCACCUCCAGUGGCCUCCCUAGCUACUAGUCACCAGAGUCUCUCACCUGUAUAGCAUGAAUCAAGUUCUGCUAUAAAAGGCCACACCCAACAAACCAAGUGGCCUUUACAUAGAACUUGAUUUUCUUACUGAAAGACUUGAGAUCCUGGCUCCUGUGAAGCAACCUGUGAUUUACCUUCAUUGCUUCCAACCUGAUGUACUACCAACCCUACGCCAUACCAACCUGGAUUGCCUGCAACUCUGCUUUAUCCUGCCAACCUGGUUUACUUCCAGCCCUGCUCCAUAGUAACCUGGAUUGCUUACAAUUCUUGCCUACCUGAAUUAUACAAACUUGCAUAACCCCUAUCUGGACAUUGCUGCUUACUCUUAUUUACAAGGUGUUAUUUUCUUACCCUGAAACCUUAUUGUUCUUUAUACCUGUCUUACUAUUCUACAUAUACGUUUAUCUCUAGCUUUCUUAUUAUUUGCAAACCUGAUUAUUAUCUAUGUAGGGCAUAUUGCCUUAAUGUUUAUUUCUCUCAAUUUCCUCAUCCUUAUUAUUUCAUUCUAUAAGUUAUCCUGCUGUUUUGUCAAUACCAAUAAAGCCUCUAUAGUUAACUCUGGCCAAAGCCUCCUAUCUGACCUGAGCAAGAUCAUGACAGCCGUUUAUCAGCAUGAAAUUUGAAAUAAUAAGCCGCAGUUCUGAGAGCGUAGUGCACUUUGGUCCACGUACCACAAAUAGAAGCAAGGUGAUAAUCCAAAGCAGGGAUAGCUGUGUCAGAGAACAGCCGGCAGAACAGUAGGAUGACGACCGUUAUUAACAAAGAAUGGACUAUGACCAGAAGAGUCAUUGGUAGUAUUGUUCCUGGCAAAAUCGGCCCAGGGUAGUAAUUCGGACCAAUUAUCCUGAGUGCUAUUGACAAAGCAACGCAAAUACAAUUCCAAUUACUGGUUAUCCCUCUCAGCCAUGGCAUUGGUUUGGGGAUGGUAAGAGGAAGAAAAUGACAAUUCAAUGACCAACUGUUUAUUGAAAGCCCUCCAAAACCGAGACACAUACUGGGAACCUAUGUCAGAAACAAUAUUGUGAGGAAUGCCAUGUAGUCGGACAAAUUCUCGAAAAAAAUAAGAACCAGAUCUUGAGAGGAUGGCAUAAGGAUGGUGGUAUAGCCAUUAGAACUAGGAAGUUCUACGAUUAAAUCCAUGGACAAAUGGGACCACGAACACUAAGUACGGGAAGUGGUUGCAACAAUCCAGAUGGAAGCUUAUGAGGUACCUUAGAAACUGCACAAACAGAACAGGCCUGCACAUAUUCUUUAACAUCUUUCCUGAGAGAAUCCCAACAAAAUGAUCUCAUGAUCAUGGAUAUUGAUUUAUUAAUGCCUGGAUGUCCAGCAGUUACGUUGUUGUGGAACGCCCUCAUAACAUUCUCUCUUUCUUAUGUUCAAAUGGCUUUUAUUUGUGUCAUCGAAAAUGUACAACAGUGCGACAGGAUAGCAAAAUCGGGAACAGCAAUAUGAUUAUAAAUGAAUGUAAACCUAAACAAUAUGAAUAGUAAGAAGGUAUUACAGUAACAGUUACAGUAAACUCAUCAUGUUACAUGCAUUCAAUAUGCAGACAUCUGCAUCCUAUGGUCAUUCAGUAAGGGGUGAGUGUGUCACCUCUGGGUGAGCCAGGUAGUGACUGUGUAGUACGUGGCUAAGAUUCGGCUGUUAUCAUAAUGAUUGCAUAAAGCCUAUGAGUAUCUUCUAGGCGGGUAGGGGCCACUGUAGUGUCUGUGGUAUAGCUAACCUGAAAGUUUAAUUCGUAGGGGGGACUCGUCGUCCCACACAAUAUUGGUAAAUAGUGGGUUUCCAUUGAGUCUUAUUUCCUUUGACCGUGCACACCUCGCGCAGGCCCUGUUUUGUCGUACGGGUGGUAUAAUCAGUUGGGUCAGUCUAUAAUAGUGGGCAGUAGCGAGUUAGUGGAGCAUCCGUAUAACACCUGAGGCCCAAGCCUGCCACAUCCUCCUGUUUGGCUGCGGUUGAGACUAAUGCGCACGGUCAGUGAGGUCAGACUCUUGCGCGAGGGCAGGGAAAGAGAGCAAGCUGUGUAGAUAGGAGAACAUGAAGACAGGAGAGGAUGGGAAAGAGAGAGGAAAGAUAAGCGAAAAUAAAAAUUUUUUAAAAGAGGGGGGAUCUCGAGGAGCACCAGCGUUGUGCCCGUGUUAUUCUUGGAUCCGCGGUGUUCCAUGCAGUUCGGUGUCACCAGCCCUGGGGCACGGUCGGGGGGGAGAGGAGUGUAGCUUAUGGGUCGCCUUUCACUGUAAUUCCUUCAUGUGCAUUCCUACUGGACCGUCGGGGCACAGGUGGGCUUGUUCCUGGCUGUAACCAGCUAUUCUUCAGGAUUAGUUGGGUGGGAGGGCAUGACACCCAGGUGGUUUUCCUUGGAGUCCCUCCGUGUCCGCCGGGGUGGUCUCUGCGGUCUGGGUUCUCUAUCCAGUGGUUCCAGGAUCCAGUCCGGAACAGCUAUAGGUGGCAAAUCCAGACGCUGCAGGAACCGUGGGAUUUCGUCCGGACAGCGUGCGGUGGCGCACCUGUAUGCUGAAGGGGAAGCCCCAUUUAUAUGGAAUAUUGCGUUCCCUGAGGGCAGCUGUUAUGGGUCUGAGGGCUCAUCACACUUCUAACGUGGCAGGGGAGAGGUCUUGGUAUAGAGAGACCUCAGUGCCCUGGUAUAGCCAUGUGGGCCAUGUUCUGGUGGAGCGCAUUAUGCGUUCCUUUAGGGGGAAGGAGUGAAGGCAGCAAAUGAGGUCUCGGGGGUCCCCCCCCGGAGCCGGGAUCUCAGGGCCCUGUGCGCCCAUUCAAAUCGUAUCUCUGCUGGCGCUUCUCUCCCUAGUAUCUGUCGGAACAGCCCGGUCAGCAGGAUCUCCGCAUUCUCUGUUCCCUCCUGCUCAGGUACCCCUCUUACCCUGAUGUUGGAGCGGCAGCUCCUGUUGUCCAGGUCCUCCACCUGAUGACGCAGGGCCAGUAGCAUGUUGCCCUGUAUUGUAAGGGCUGUGUCAGCAGCUGAUGUUUGGUGCCGCGUGGUCUGUGCCUGUGCUUCCAGAGCCUGUAUCCGGCCACCCUGCGCAUCUCUUUCGGUCCUCAGUGCAGUCACUGCUGAGGUGAGGGAUGCUGUGAGGGUAGACAUAAGAGACUGCAGGUCAGCUUUUGUGACCAUGGUACUUGCCAGGCAUCUGAUCUCUGCUCCAAUAUCUGCCAGCGUGGGGUGCUCCUGGUCUGAGCUGGAGGAGGCCGGGGAAACAGGUGCUGGGGUCUGCGGGUGCUCCGCUCGCUUUGUGCGCCCCAUCAGGGUCGGUAUGUGUAGUGGAGAGGUAGUAUAAUCCACAAUAUCUCCGCUUGUAGACAGGAACAUCAUAUAAUAAUCCAGGUAACACAAGUACAGCAUACAAUAAUCCUGGUAGCAUUAUAUAAAUCCUUCCUUCCCAAGAACUAGACGACACAUAGGCUGGGAAUCAACUGAGGUUUUAAUCACAGGUCACAGUAUUUAUGUGGUUCUCCAUGCAAGGGGUUUCCUUACUGACUUUACAGGGGUUGUACAGUAGGGGACUACAUGGGGAACUUAACAACCAGGACAUUUCUCCCACCAUGCACUGCUGUACGAGAGGGAUACUCCCACUAGAAUAUCCAGUUAAGUGGAUUAUCCCUCCGUGCAGCAGAACUGGCUUUUUACACAAAAAUAUAUAACUUUAACAUUAUUCGUGCUAUUAUACCGAAUGACCGUUCAGCAGAUAGCUGGGGUCUGAGCGCAUACUUCGUGAAAGUACCACUCAGAUCCCAGCACAAUUAGCCAAACGCCACACGAAGUACACUUGAACACACAUUUUUCACCAAAGUCACGAAUACACAUGCAGAGAUAAAAUACCGAAAGACCGGUAUUCCCGAACAGCCUGGAAGUCCAGCGGUAUUCGUGCCAUCGAGUAGCCGAUUUUAGUUCCAGGCACUCGACGACAAAAUACCGCUGGGCUAACAAAGGAUCCAAGAUGGCAGACCGCCGCGUGGUCGGUAUCCGAACGGCGGCCACCCUGAACAUCUAUUAACUACUGAAAGAUACAAUGUUGCGAUCCGUAAUGGGAGCCACACGACCUCCUGUGUGUGGUCUCCCAUUCAGUAGUUUGUUCGUUUCACGAACAGUGUUGAAAUUCACAGUUCGUGAAACUACUGUAGGAAUGCUAGUGGCUUUUGUGCCGGCAGCAUACGAAUGCUCUCGUUCGCAUCAAAUACAGAAAAGGGAACAUGCACAGUUCAGAUAGCCUUAAAGCUACAAUAUCACAUGAAUGGAAAUACAGUCUUAAGUGGCUAGUUUUGCCACAGUAUGCGUGCGGUAAGUGGCUAUUAGCAACGUGGUGGCGAGGAGCUCAUGCUGCUCGGACCUCAGACCACGCCCCCCAACAUUCUCUCUUUCAAACAACGGAACAAAUAAUUAAUCUAGUGGUUUAUUGCUUGGUGCCUGAAACUGGGCCUCCAUGAUGGCGCCAAGCAGAGGAGAUGACAAGGAAAGAACAGUGAAAGCGAUGAUACACUCAGGUGGAAUAAUAGGUGAUGUCUCUUGUUCCUGUACUGAUUCAGUAUCAAACUGUCUAGAUAAAGAACUCUCCGCAGUUGCGCCAGCAGAGGUCUGUGGGUGUUUUUUUCAUGUGGUACAAUUGAACAGGGGUGGUAUACCACCGAAACAUCGUUUUGUACGAUUGUUCCUGCAUUGUGACGCAAAUGGAGGUUUUGGCGUUUGCCUCCCAUAUGUCUUGCCAGUCUAUGCCCUCCAAGGCCUCCCCAAGAUCAGCUUCCCAUUUGUCGGUGUAGUGGAGGGGGCCCCAUUCCCACGUGGUGGAGCAGAGAUGGGAGUACAGGAGGGAUAUCAUGCCCUUUUGGUAGCGUUCGGCUAGGCAUAUUUUUUCAAAGAAUGUCAAUUUAGCCUUGGCCGCUAUUUUAACUGACUCUUGGCUAGCAUAGUUUCUGAGCUGAAGGUACCUGAAGAAAUCUGCAGGGGUCAGAGUUGUUCUAGUUUGUAAUUCCGAGAACGGAAUUAUUUCUUCUCCUAUGUAGAGUUGGUGGACUCGCUGGAGGUCUGCUCUCUCUAGGCCUUUGAAAUCUCUAGGCCUCAUACCUGGGACAAAUGCCCUGUUUCGGUAUAUGGGAGUGAGGGGAGAGGUUGUUGCUGUAAGUUCGUAUUUUAUAGCGUAUCUGUCCCAGAUAUGGAUUGAGUUGGUGAUGGCUGGGCAGUUGGUCCUCAGGAGUGCUCUGUGCUCUUUAGGGGUCCAAAUGUAGAACUGUGGGAGAUCUGAUUUCAUGAUCAGAGUUUCCAGGUCGACCCAUCUCCUGGUUUCUGGAGGGGUAUGCCACAGUGCUAUUUGUGUGAGGUGGGCUGCAAUAUAAUAGAAAUGUAAGUGUGGAAGGCCCAGGCCUCCUCUCGCUUUGGGGCAGUAUAAUAUACCGGGCUACCCUGUGUCUCUUGUGCCAAAUGAAGUCCGCUGUAAUGGCUUUAGGCCGUUCUUCGUUAUGGGAAUGGGGGGAUAGGCAUUCUUAAUGGUGAUUUUGUUUAAUGCCCAGUAGUCAAUGCAUGGACGUAAUUCACCAUCUUUUUUAGAUACAAAAAGAACCCUGCACCAGCAGGUGAGGAUGAUUUACGUAUGUGGCCCUUACUUAGGGAGUCUUAUACUCUUCCAUUAUUCUUCUCUCCUGUGGUGAUAAGGCAUACACUGCUCCCUUGGGUGGCAUAUUUAUGAAACAGUCAUAUGAUCUGUGAUUAGGUAGAAUAUUGGUAUGACUCUUACUGAAUACCUCCUUAACCCCCCAGUAUUGCAUGGGAACUACGGAGGCUUGAGGCUUACUAGUGGGUAAUGUAAUGAUACCCACUCUAUUGGUAAUGUGCAACAUACAACUCUCAGUACAAUCCUUGCCCGAUUCCAAUAUUUCCUCUCUUGUCCAGUUAAUAUGAGGAUUGUGCUUAAUAAGCCAAGGAAAUCCUAAUAUGAUGGGACAAGAAGGAGAAGCAAUUAUUUGUAAUGUUAUGUCUUCCUUAUGUAAGGCACCAAUGGAAAUGUUAAUGGGCAAGGUUUUGUGGGUUGAGAGAGAGGUCUCCAGUCAAUAACCUCAACGGCCAGAGGUGAUAAUCUCUCCUUGAUAUAUAUUGAAAGUUUUUUUAACAAAAUGUACAUCAAUUAAGUUUUCUGCCGCACCUGAGUCCAUCAGGGCUUUGCGUGAAAAGUUCUUCUUGUUACAUUUGGCCGUAAUAUCAUGGAGGAAUCUAUUUUUGUUAUUCCCAGAGGACGUAUCCAUCACACCUAAGACCUGUCCCCUUAGGGUUCUUAGGUAUGGAAGUUUUCCGGACGUAUGGGACAAGCACUCCUCAUAUGUCCUUUUCUACCACAGUAUAGGCAUGGACCCUCUUUUCUCCUAUAUUGUCUUUAUGCCUCUGACAGUCUAGUGACCCCCAACUGCAUAGGUUCGGCUUCGGACUGUACAGGGAGGUCAGGAACAAUAGGUCUGACGAAAUGAGGUGCUAAUGACAUAUCCAUACAUCUGGUUCUUUCUGGUAGCUAAGUCCAUUAUCAAUUUGCAUCACAAAUGUAAUAAACUCAUUUAAUUUUUUAGGUAGAUCUUUGGCAGCAAUCUUGUCCAGAAUUGCUUCGGAUAAUCCUUUUUUAAAUGCAGAGAUUAACCCGCUACUAGUCCAGUCUACCUCAGAAGCCAAGGUGAGAAAUUCUAUGGCAUAAUCUGAGAUAGACCGGUUCCCUUGUUUGAUAUGCAUUAGGGUAGUGGAGGCAUCAUCUUACCUGCCCAAUGGUUUGAAUGUUAAUUUGAAUUCCGCAAGGAAUUCCUGGUAAUUAUGUGCAAUACUCGUAUUACUCUGCCAUAACGGAUUGACCCAACCUUUAAGUUGGUUCACUAGGUAACCAAUCUUAGCUCUAUCCAAGGGAAAAGAUAGCGGUGAGGCCUCAAAGUGGUACUCAAUUUGAUUCAGAAAGCCCGGCAUUCUUGAAUAUUCCCAUCAAAAAGUGGGGGAGGAGAUGGGGAGAUAGAAGGUGCCUUAUGUACUAUAGGCGGAGGUACUUUAGGCAGAGGUGACAUAGUCAGAGAACCUUCAGGCUGUAAAUGCGCUGUUCGAGUAAGAAGCAUACUGAAAGCCUGGGCAAAUUGAUCCAUACGGUGAUCAUUCUCCUCUAGCUUUCUCUCGCAAGCUGCUAAGUGCUGACAAAAUUCUACAGGAUCUAUGGCCAUGUAAUAAUGUCAGGGUUACUAGUUGAUCCAGCACGUAGAACUGUAUCACACCUAGGACUAAUAGAUAAUGUCUUACCGGGCCUUAGAAUGGCCAGACUUAAAGGAUCACUAUAUUGUCAGGAAAACAAAGCUGUUUUCCUGACACUAAAGGGCCCUGAGGGUGCCCCCACCCUCAGGGUCCCCCUCCCGUGGCACUGAAGGGGUUAAAACACCUUCAGACACUUACCUUAAUCCAGCGCUGGUAACCUCUCCUCCCCGUCUGACGUCAGCUCCCCCGUCUGACGUCACUGGAGCCGAAUGUGCAUGCGCGGCAAUUGCCGCGCGCACAUUCAAAGUGUCCAUAGGAAAGCAUUUCUCAAUGCUUUCCUAUAGACGCUCUGCGCGAUGGAGGUGAAAUUUGCCUCCAGCGUCGCAGAUGCGCCAUAGGAAAGGCUAGAGCAUGGAUUAACCCCAAAUGUAAACAUAGCAGUUUCUCUGAAACUGCUAUGUUUGCAUCUGAAGGGUUAAAACCUGGGGGACCUGGCACCCAGACCACUUCAUUGAGCUGAAGUGGUUUGGGUGACUAUAGUUUCCCUUCAACGUACCAGAGAAUAGUCAGAAUACUUGCCGAGGUUGGGGACACAGAAUGAGACACAAAAAUGAGGCAAAGCCAAAAGUCAAUAACCAGUCAAACAAAGCCAAAGUCAAUAACCAGAAAUAAACACUCAGAAACACACUCUCGGACAACCAUUAAGGGAAACCACGACAGGGCAAUGAGGGGAAGUAAAAAUGCAUUUAAAUAAGCCUUUUACAAACCUGAUUGGCUGAAAUCGGCCUCUGACCCCAGAACGUGCACCGACGUUGUCAUCACCGCGGGCGGACGUGGGGCUAUAAUUUGGCAUGGAUCCGCAGCAGCCGGCAUCCACCAAUGUGUUGCAGAAGUCAGGUACACUGACGCAUGGCCGCUGAGUGCAGACACCGCAAGGUGUGGAUGAAUAUGUUACACCAGCAGCAAAAAGAUCCCCAGGGAGGGGAGCAUCCUCACUCCUCAGAGGCAGAAUAUGUUCUCGGGAGGGAAGGCCAGCAACCUCACUCUCCAGCAUUAGAAGGAUCAAAAACUCCAGUAACAUGGAGGGGAGAUCAGCAUCUCUACUCUUCAGCGGCAGAAGAAUCCCCAGUGAGAAGAGAUCAGCACCAUCAUUCUCCAGUGGCAGAAGGAUCACCUGAGAGGGGAGGUGAGCAUCCUCAUUCCUCAGCAGCAGAAUAUGUUCCAGCGAUGGGGAGGCCAGUAAUCUCACACACCAGCAUUAUAAUGACCACUGAGGAGUAAAUCAACAUCCACAUUACCCCGUGGCAGAGUGUUCACCAGGGAGGGGGUCCACGACAUCACACCCCAGUGGCAGAACGUGUUUCAGGAAGGGGAGGUCAGCAACCUCUCUCCACAGCGGCAAAGGAUCACCAGGGAGGGGAGAUCAACAUCCUCAGUCCCAAGCAGAAGAAUGUGUUCCGGGUACGGAGGCCAGCAACCUCACUCCCCAACAUCAAAAGGAUUAUCCUGGGGGGAGGUCAGCAAUAUCAUUCCCCAGCGGCAGAAGGAUCUUUAGAGAAGGGAGGUUUAGCAACCUCACUGCCCAGUGGCCAAGAUUUUCCCAGGGAAGGGAGAUCAGCAUCCUUAACGGCAGAAUAUGUUCCAAGUAGGGGAGGCCAGUAACUUCACUCCCCUGUGUCAGAAGGAUUAUCUGGGAUGGGAGGACUGCAUCCUCACUCCCCAGUGGUAGGACUAUUUCCUAGGGGUGGAAGCCAGCAAUCUCACUCCCUAGUGGCAGAAGGAUCACGAGGGAGGGGAGGUCAGUAACCUCACUCCCCAGCAGCUGAGUUUGUCCCAAGGAGGGAAGGUCAGCAUCCUCACUCCCCAAAAGCAGAAUAUGUUCCAGGUAGGGGAGGCCAGCAAUCUCCCUUCCCAAGAGCUAUAUGGCGGAGCUUUGUCCAAUAGGCUGACAGGGUGGAUGUACAUUUUGGGGCUAGUUACCCAACUAACUCAAGAACAGACCGAUUGGAGGCCUGGUACCUGGUUAGUCUACCCUUUUGGGUAGACUAAAUAGCAACAUUAGGUCUCCCCCUUUUGGGUAAACUAACCAGGUACCAGAAGUUCCCAUGCCACGUCUUUUUGGAGAAGACAGACACUAAAAAUGGCUAGUGUCACUAUGGGAAGGUGUGAUGGAGACUCUAUGGAUGCUUACUUUGCCUCCCAGCUGGUAUUGGGGACCUCUGGGGAUCUCCUAGACCUGUACUGCACAUUGAGUGCCUUACUGGGAGAUACCCUAAAAUGUACUCGAACUGUUUGCCAUUGGGUAUCGCUCGGUCUCCUGACCACCAAUCAGGGCACUAUUUAGACUUAAAUGGCGAUCAGAGAAUAGUUGUGACCCGGAAAAUCUUUAACACGGUCUAACUCUGGUGCUGAUUCUUCGAUCAGGGCACAAUUUAGACAGUAAGGGCACUUAGUAACAAGCUAUCCAGGGACAUAUAAUGUGUGGAGGUGCUGUGCAGGGGGUUUUGUGGAGCAUUUUGUACAUUAUCUAGGUCUGGGAAGGUACAGCAGGGGGUCUAUAAUGUUAGCUGGGGGUGAUGCAAUCAAGAACUAAGAUAGAGUGGUGCCAGGAGGGACUAUUGUAAGGGCCAUUGCAUUGCACGGAGGAACCGCUGGUGUGGGAAUCCACAUCACUGUGUAUAAAUAGCUGUGAUGUGUACAAUAAAGCUGCAUUCUACUUCCCUACAUUCAUUCUUGACUGAUGUGUGGGAUAAAGCUAUAGUCACUGCUUUACAGGAGACAGUGGCGGAUCCAGGGGGGGGGCAAUGGGGCAAUUGCCCCCCCCCCGAGAAAUCCGCCGGUCUCCCUCUCCCCUGCCAGCAGCACAUGCAGGCGCCAGCCCUGCAAUGUGCCUGCGGACCGGGGAGGGAGAUCAGAGCUCUCCCUCCCCGGUCCGCAGGCACCGUGCUGAGAGCCAGGCAGGGGAGGGAGAGGGAGGAGAGAGAGGACCCGGAGCUCAGACUGCAGCUCCUCCGGGUCCUCCUCUCGUGAGAUUUGGAGCGUUGCCGCGGUUACCACGGCAACGCUCCAAAUCUCACGAGAGUGAACUCUAGCCCGGGAGCGUGGGCUAGAGUUCACUCUCCCCACUGGGACCACCAAGGAAUCACCACUGGGACCACCAGGGAACGAAAUAUGUCCCCCCUCCUCCCCAGUAAAGGUAGGAAGAGAGGGGGGACAUAGGAUAAUAUUUUUUUUAAUUAAAUAAAAAAAAAAGAUAAAAAAAAACAAUACACACAUACAUUGCCCCCAAUACUGCCCCCCCCAUUCAGACAAACUGCCCCCCCAUUCACACAAACUGCCCCCUAUACACACCUGCCCCCAUUCACACAAACUACCACACACAUACUGCCCCCAUACACACAAACUGCCCCCAUUCACACAAACUGCCCCCUAUACACACAUUACACACCUAUACACACACCCCCAUACACACACUGCCCCCAUACACACCAUACACACACUGCCCCCAUACACACACACUGCCCCCCAUACACACACCACACACACACACACACACUGCCCCAUACACACACACACUGCCCCCACAUACACACACUGCCCCCCAUACACACACUGCCCCCCCAUACACACAACGGCCCCACACACACAAACUGCCCCACACACACACACUGCCCCACAUACACUUACUGCCCCACAUAUAAACACUGCUCCCCAUACAAACACAAACUGCCCGCCAUACACACAAACUGCCCGCCAUACACACAAACUGCCCCCAUAUACACAAACUGCCCCUCAUACACACGCACUGCCCCCACAUACACACAUUGCUCCCCCAUACACACACACACUGCCCCCCAUACACACAAAUUGCCCCCGCAUGCACACACACUGCCCCCCAUACACACACACUGCCCCCCCAUACACACACACUGCAACUGUUACACACACAUACUGUCCCACACAUACACUGCAUCCCUGACAUACACUGCCGCCCUCACUCAUACACUACAACCUUCACACACACACUGCACCCCUUACACAUUGCACCACUCACACACACCACUGCUCCUAUGCCCUACUACAGCCCCAUUUCCCAGCAGAUCUCAGGUAAGUUGUCAAACUGUUCUUAAACGGUUUGACUACUUACUGUGGGAGGGGGUCCCGGCACUAUUGACACCAUAACCACUACACUGAGCUGUAGUGGUUAUUGUGUCUGGAUUAUUUCUUUAAAUAAUCUACAAGUGCCCCUCCCGAGAUCAGGCUCUGGAUCCGCCACUGACAGGAGAGAGGGUCUCCAUAGCUAUUACCACUGCAGAGAGUUAUAGCCAAUGCAAUCACUAUAAACACUGCAAUAAGCUAUAACCACUGAAGGGAGCUAUAACCACUACAAGAAGCUAUAACCACUGCAGGGAGCUAUAACCACUGAAAAGAGGUAUAACCACUGCAAGGAGCUAUAAUCACUGCAGAAACUUAUAAUCAGUAAAUGUCCUCAGAGACCCCAGUCAAGGAACUGCCUGCAAGAGGUCCUGCAAGCGCGAGUUAGCAAUAAGGGUGAGAGCAGCAGACAGAUGAUGCAAAUUAAAUUGGAAUGACUGAACAUAUUUGUCUUUAAUAAAUGAGAAUUGCCAAACCGGUCAAAAUCAGGUCAUUUUCUCCAAAUUUGGUAAACCUAAUAAUUCACAUUGAAUUUCCAAGAAUUCACACAUUAGUGAAUUACCAUAUAUCUGUUUAACAAAUGUUGCUAUUUAUAAACAUACAUCAUAAUAAACCACAAAUAUACAUUUUAAUAAACCACACUAGCAAAAACUCCAGUAACUCUCUAAGUACAGUACAUCUCCUACACUAGAUACAGCACAACUUACACUUACAGCAUGCUACAGCAAGGCAUUUAAAUGAAGUAUCGUGUAACUCACGCACUGACUAGUAGUACAUACUGUAUUCAUGCUAUUAAAUGCAGUAUAAUGUAAUCCACACACUAGUACUACAUACUGUUCACAUGCUGCUGUUUACACUGUAAAUGCAGCCCCCCAGGCAUACACGCGUCUUUGUUUACACGCUUUGAUCAUUUGCAUAAUUCCACCCAACACAGCUAUCUAUCCUAUUGGCAUCAGUGGGCUGGGUUUAUCAUCCCCAUGUGGGUAACAUGUAAUCUGCAUUGAUUUCAGGCGAUUUCAUCAACUUCUCAGAGACGGUGACCCCCAAUACGUAUUGUGGGAGAUCCAGGCAGUGGGCUGAACACAGUACGCACAGGGGACUGACUGCUGCUCUAACACCCUGCAACAAGGUAAGUACUGCACAUGGGAAGUUAAUAUUAGUAUUAUUAUUAUUAUUAUCGAUACUGCUACAUUUAUUGCAUUGCACAAGGUACAGCUCCCAGGGACAUGUCUGGACUUAUUAUUAUACCUACUUCUUGGGCACUGAAUAUUGUGAGUGCUAUGUGUUUCAAUGACUGUAUCAUUUGACAAUAUCUGAGUCGUUGAGCCUAGUGUGUCAUUGCACUUAGAGUGUGUAGUAUAUUAUCAGUACAUCCUGUGUAUAUUUUUUUGUGUCAAUUUGUGUGUAGAUUGGGGACAGGGGCAAUGUAUGAAUGUGUUGUUUUUUUGUUGUUGUUUUAAGCUUAUGCAAGGAAAUUGUGUCCUGUGAUGUAAUAAGUUGACCUGUUUUCAUUCAUUACAAUGUACACUGUGUGAUGGUUUCUAAUAGUCUUUAUUUGUGUAUAUGUUAAGUGUUUCAAGUUCAAGCCCCGACUAAAAAAUUAAUUUCACUUUUUUAUAUAUGUAUAUAUAUAUAUAUAUAUAUAUAUAUAUAUAUAUAUAUAUAUAUAUAUAUAAAAAUAAAGGUACAUAAAUAAUGUAAAAUAUUAAAAUACCUGUGAUUACAAUCAUUUUUUUUUUUUUUGGGGAGGAGGUACAGUAAAGGGGUGAAUCUGCUUUUCAUUCUUACUUUAGAACUUUGUGUUAUGGAUGUGACAAUCAUCAUAUGUUUGUGUUACUGACAGUGUCACAAUGUGUCAGUGGUGUUGCUGUGGUCCCCAGACUUGCUGCUGGUGUAGUAUUUUUAGGAUGUGGAGGCGGCUGGCAUUUCAUGAUCCUUCUUCAGUGUGUGACAUGUGCUCCUGAACAAGUCAGGGCUUGUAGAGAGUGACUGCGGAGGGACCCCGCACACAGGUUUCAUUCAGACAGCAGGCUGGCAUGGGGCUCUCCGAAUACCUCUGAGACAUGGCUGGGCUAUGUGUCUGCUGGCAUUCUCCAGGACAGGGGGCUGCAAGGUGGUGGGCGGAUGGAGAAAUAUGGAAACUAUGAAGUGAUUAGACGGUGGGGCCCUGAUGGUGUCAGGAAUUGGAGAGCCCAGUCUGGCAGGGAUUUAACAUGCCUUUACUGGGGUUUAUUUACUAAACUGGGAAUUUCAGGGAAUUGAACAUUGCAUUUUAAUUUGAGGUUGGAUUAUCUGUGUUGGAAAAAAGUAUAUUUGGAGAUGUAUUUAUUGUUUUGCAUUCUGGCAAAUUGCAAAAGACCAGUUUAGUGAGUCGACCCCUUAGUUAUUCUCAAAGGCCUACUAGAUUAAAUAUGUUCUCCCUGAUACUGUGAGAAUAAAAAUAUACUAUACUUUUCUAUUAUAUAGGGAUUCAGAGGAUUGUAGGUUGUUGUCCAGUGAUAUGUUGGAGGGGGCCACAGUUGGACACCCCUGUCAGAUACCAAUGACCCCUGCAGCACACUGCAAUACAAUAGGAGGGUGACAUUGCAGUUACAGAAUCAAUGCUUUUGCUGAAUGUAAUGUGACAUAUUUAUAUAUUUUUUCCUUUUUUCUUUCUUUUUUUAAUUUUAAAUUAUUUAACAUGUGUAUGAUAUAUUUACUUAUAUAUCCCAGUAAUUUAUUUGUUGGAACUCUCCUAUUUUGCCUGUUUUGAAAUGGGUGCUGUAAUUAUAUAUAUAUAUACAGUGUAUAUAUAUUAUAUGUAUUUAUUCAUUUAUAUAUUGACUCCUAUUUAAACAGUUGUUUCAUUCUUACCAGGGUGAAUGAGCAACCAUUUUUUAAAUAAAUAUAAUCAUUUAUAAUAAUAUCUUAAACAAAGGACAUUGGUGAAAGCAAAUUAAUUACAAUAAAAAAAAAAAAAAAAUCCCCCAAGGGUAUAUAUAUUUUUUUUACUUAUUAUUAUUGAAAUAUAAGUUAUAUCAGCUGUAUUUCUUAUCAUUUUUAUUACUAGUAGUAUUUUUUUUAAAUUCUUUAUUAAUAUUAUUGUUAAUAUUAGUUUCUAUCCAGUAUAUUGUUAUAUGGCCCAUGACGUAAAUUCAUGGACUACUUACUGACUGCUGUAAAUGUGUUUAAUAAAAAAACACCACGUGCCUUCUUACUUUUUAUACUGUUUGCUUCUGUUUUCUUUUCUAAGCUAAGUUUGAGAAGUUUUCUAGAGAGAAAUAAACAAUUUCCAUGUUUGAAAUAAGUAUUUCCAUCAUAGCAGAAAUAAGGCCAAAAUUCACCCAAAUCUUUGUCCUGCUUUUAAUUAUUACAUGAAUCAUAAUUGCCAACUAUUAGAUCCUCUGCCAGUAAAGGAAGGAAAUUAGACAUUUAGUAGGAAUGUACUGCAAGUAACACUGCAAUGGAUUCUCAUCUGUUCAAUUUUUACAGUCGCUUACCACAAAAUGGUGGGGCCUCCCUGCAAGGUUUUCAUAGAAAUAUUACACUUUUGUAGUACAGUAUAUAUCUAGUAGCAUUCACAUUAUAUUUGCAUAUAUCCGUUGCAUAUAUCACAAAUUUCUUUUUAAGAGAGAUAGUCCCUCUUUCUGUCCAAAGACUCUAUGGUGUCUUGUUUUUGGAGUGCAGAAUAUUUGUCACUUAUUGCUGUUAUAAUUUAUAAAGCACUGAGAUAUUCAGAAGCACUGUGCAAUAAGUGGACUAACAAACAAAUAGUUUCAAUAAGGUUGGUGGACAUAUAGUGACAGAAGGUUGUGAGGGCCCUGCUCAAACAAGUAUUUUCAGAGGGGAAUUAGCACUCAUACCUGCACGUUAAUGAACAGGCAAGGACACUUUGGCAUAAAAGGAGUGGUCUAAAAUGUACCCCGCUAAUCACUUCUUGUGAUGUUAUGGGAUGUGAUGAUGCUGGCUCGCGCUGGCAUUGUGCACUUUGAGCAGGAUAGCUAAGAGCAGUAUAGCAUUGACUAUCGCUACUAUUUGCACUGGUAAUGAAGUUAUAAAUUUUGGUGGUCCAUGAAGGAAAAAUUGUGGACCACCGAAAAUAUAUUCAAUAAAAGACUAUAUCUAUUUUUUCCCUCACCCUUUUUUCCUCUCAUUUAUUUUAAAUCAAAUACUGUGGAUUCUGGGGUGAAAUCACUAUGGGGCAUUUAACUUCAACUUGCAAAAUAAACUAAGGAUGAACUGCAAUAUUUUUUUUUUUUUUUGGUGUAUUUGGCCUUUUUAAAAAAGACAAUCAAGGUUACCUAACCUGUGUAGUAAAUGCUGGGGGGUUUGUUAUAUGAGCGUCAUAUGCAUAGGUAUCUAAUUCUGUUAAAUACAAAUAGGUUGAUGUUGUUUUUUUCAAUAAUAAAAAUCACCGGCCUUAAACCAGUUCUUAUUUUGAGUGUAAUUAUUUUAAAAUUUUCUUUCCAUAUCACCUGCAUGCAUAAUAAUAUAGUCAUUACAUGAACAUGAACAGGGUGGCAAUGUUAUUGAAUUCAAUUGAGCAUAACAAAAAAGUUACUGUUUGACAUUUGUUUUAAUUAUAUGUGUUCCUUAUUCUUUUUCAGAAUAGUCCCCCCUUUUUUUUUUUUUAACCAAUAAAUAAAAGAGCCAUACAACUUAAAUGAAUUCCAGCUUCAGGACAAUGUCUUCACUGCAGCCUGAUCCUCCUCCCGUAAAGUCAUCAAGACUUGAUUUUUGUCCAUUGAAAUGCUUUUCAUAGAGAAGCAUUAAGGGCACAUGACACACAAUCCCUAUGAACCGCCAAUCUAAUACAUGUUUAAGAGAAGCAUCUGAUGUCUGCAUACUCUGAGUGUUAAAGGACCACUAUAGGCACCCAGACCACUUCAGCUUAAUGAAGUGGUCUGGGUGCCAGGUCCAGCUAGGGUUAACCCUUUUUUUUAUAAACAUAGCAGUUUUGGAGAAACUGCUAUGUUUAUAUUAGGGUUAAUCCAGCCUCCAGUGGCUGUCUCUUGACAGCCGCUAGAGGCGCUUGCGUGCUUCUCACUGUGAUUUUCACAGUGAGAAGACGCCAGAGUCCAUAGGACAGCAUUGAUAAUGCUUUCCUACGAGACUGGCUGAAUGCGCGCCCGGCUCUUGCCGCACAUGCGCAUUCCGCCGGUGAUGGAAGAAGAGGGAGGAGAGGAGGAGGAGAACUCCCCGCCCGGCGCUGGAGAAAGAGGUAAGUUUAACCCCUUCCUCCCCACAGAGCCCAGCGGGAGGGGGUCCCUGAUGGUGGGGGCACCCUCAGGGCGCUAUAGUGCCAGGAAAACGAGUAUGUUUUCCUGGCACUAUAGUGGUCCUUUAAUACCUAGACUGCCCCCUUUAAGGUACUUAAAGCCCCAUGCACUGCUUGGACUUCUUGGGCUCAUUUUAUACCAUUGUUAGAAUUGUUAGAAUGUAUUUAUCUAUGUGCACUGUGUAUUUUAUUGUUAAUUGCAAAAAUAAACAAAUACUUGAGUUUGUGAUAUAAAGUUUGUAGCUCUUACUAACAGUAACAUAUACUGUGCAAUUACAGGCCUACUGUAUACAGCAUCAAUAUCUUAGUCAUGCUCUGAAUUGAACCUGCACGCAUCAAAUACUUGGUCACUUACCCAAGAAUAAAGUUACAGGUUCAGACUCAUGUUUAAAAUGUUUAUAGCAACAGGAUCAUUCCUUCAACAGAUAAGUAAAAGUAGCAUAAAAUAUAUAGAAUGCAGUGCACAUCAAAGAGGUCAAGAACAGGAUUUUAACAUACGGUUAAAUGAAAGUGUAUCAAAACAAAAGGAAUUAAACAGAGAAUCAAAGCAAAAUAACAUUCAUAAGAACAGUUCAUGCAUAACACUUUGAAAAAAUUUACUAGUGAAAUUCCUCGCACUUACUGAGAAUGCAUAAAAAGCUGAUUUCCAAAGAGCCAUGCUAUGAUUGAGACCUCUGAUAAAGACUACUGUUUUUUGCUACAUAUAAAUCUGUUAUAACUAUAAAAAAACAGGCUCCAGUGCCAGAAUCGAUGAAUGCACACCACAACCACCUGAUAAGGUUUCUCAUUUGUUAGCCAUUGUGCUGCAGUGUGUGGGUAUAGUUCUGCAUCCCUCCUGCCUCAGUGCUCCCAACAAUGCAAGAAUGAAGGCCCUGCUUGAAAGGCCUCAGCUUAGUAAAAACUAUAGUCCUGCAUUCUCCGUUGGGCAUGUCUAGGGUUGGACUGGCAAUAAAAAGAAGCCAUGGAUCAAAUUUUAUACCAGCCCUAUAAUGCAUUGCAUCAGCAUACUGCACAGAUAUACAGGUGGGGUAAAAAAAUUGCACUCUGUGGAAAUAAACUAAAAAAAUACUCCAAGCACCAUAACCACUACAGCAUAGUGUAGAAAACAAAUUGAACACUCUUUCACCUAAUUGAAGUAAGACUGCUCUUUUCGUGGCUGCCAGCUCCCUUCUGCUCUCUCUUUGGACAUUUGCCUUACUGUCAGCCCCUGGGAUAUGACGUCAACAAUCCUAGUGGAAUUCAACAAAAUACAGUACACAGUCCCUCACUGUUUUACUGCCCCCCCACCAUUCCAUCCAUAGAAAGCACCGUCCUCCAUUGCAUGGUUAGUCAUUAUUUAUUUAUUUGCUUACGCCAGAGAAAAUUUCAGCAGCAACUUGACAGCAGCCAGUCCCAGGCUAGGGCAGCCCCGUAGAAAUCUUGCAGUCCUGGUUAUCCCAGGAUCAGCAGAUCGACCCCGGUAGUUGCUCCAGUUCCUCCAAUUCAUGGUUGAUGGAUAGAUAGACUUUUUAAUUAUUAUUUUUUAUUUAUGGUACAAUCCACAGGCAGGUUACUAGACAACCAAUAAUAUGGUCAUCCAUACAACAAUAUUUACACAGCAUGUAAACUGUUGACUUCAUAUAUAUAUACACACACAUAUAUAUAUGUGUGUAUAUUAAACAGGCUUUGGAUUGAAUUUUGCAUUAUCAAAGAUAAGAAUGGUCUAAGACCCGUCUGAAUAUGACUGUGAUAACGUCAUCAUUAAUCCCAAAAAUAGGAGAAUGGUUUUACAGAAGACAAAAUGGGUAAUUUAUGGUAGGUUACAAUAGAGUGGAAAAUAAUUUGUCAGUAAACAAACAACUAAAUAUAGAUGUUAAAGGGACACUAUAGUCACCAGAACAACUACAGCUUAAUGUAGUUGUUCUGGUGAGUAUAAUAGUUCCCUUCAGGAUUUUUUCAUGCAAACACUGCCUUUUCCGAGAAAAGGCAGUGUUUACAUUGCCUCUAGUGACAACUCCAAGUGGCCACUACUUUGAUGGCCACUGGAGGUACUUCGUGGGUCAGUGCUGCCGAAAAAGCAGCCCUGACGUUUAGCGUCCCCAAGCUCUGCAUGGAAACGCUGAAUUUUACUCAUAGAGAUGCAUUAAUUCAAUUCAUCUCUAUGAGGAGGUCCUGAUUGGGCAAAACUGCAUUUGACCCAGCCCCCGUGCCAAUUGGCUAAAAAUCGGCCAUUUUGAUGAUGUUACAAAGGGGGCGGAGCCAGCACGGCACUGGAAAUAAGGUGAGUUUUAAACUUUUAUAGGGGGAUUAAGGGGGGGCAAGCCACCUUAAUGGUGGGUUAAACACUAUAGAGUCAGGAUACACAUUUGUGUUCCUAACCCUAUAGUGUUCCUUUAAGAAUACCACCAAAUUAGGGGGGUAUCCAUCUGAGAGCAUGAUGGAAUAUUAAAGCUGUAUACAAUUAAAAUAUAAUAUAAGGUAUUCGAAAAGUAAUGUUCAACAACCUGUAGUGAGAUUUUAUUUCAUUUUACAUUUAUAAAUAUAAACCCUACUGAGUAUUAUUCGUGCUUUUCUGCCAGUUGUUCGGUAGAUUCAAUCUACCGAACAACCGCACAAAUGAAUAGACCACCUGGGAGCUGGAGUGUGCCGGCAAUUAACCUCCCUGAAGCUGCGGUUAACCGCAGCUUAAUUGAUGAAUGCUGGGUGGCCGCCAUUUGUAUCCCGAACACGAGGUCGCGGCCAUUUUAAACAUACGAAUGCACAGCGGUGUUCGCCCCUAUUUUCAUGGAACUAAAAUCGGACACAGUUUUGCACGAACACCGCUGAAGCCGCCGACCUCCCUUCUUGUUCGGUGGAAGUGCACGAACGGCCGGUGUUCGGUAGUUUUGUUCAAAUGUGUUAUACCCCAGAUAGGAGUCCCAUGGAGCCCAUUCGUAUGAAACUGACUGUAAAGACUUUGGCUCCAUGGCGAUUAAACUGUAUUCGUGUGGUCUGAGUGCCAUUCGCUUAAUAAUGUGCGCUCAGACCUGAGCUAUCUGGGGAUAUGUUACAUGUCUGUGUUUUAUGUAAUAAAUGUUACUUUAUGUAUUUUAAAGUAUAAUACUGGUUUUGUAUCCCCACAUGUGUAAUGGAGUUUUGCCUUUGUCUUGGGAGAUAAUUUAAUUACUUCCCAAUUAUCUCCCAGGGCAGAGGAGAGGAAGCCAGGAUGCAUCGUGGGAAUAUACUGGGACUGUGUGUCCUAUUUGUCUACUUGUCUGUCUUUUGUCACAGUCUCCCAUUUGGUCCCCUAGGGGAGUGUCCACCAGGUGGGAGACCUGCAUAAAUACUGGGCAGGUAGCCCUCAUUAAAACAGACCACUGCUUGACCCUCUACACGGAGCCUUGUCUUGUUCUUGGGGGGAUUCACUGUAUGCUGUUAGAGACUGAUUGCCAGGAGUGUAAGCUGAUUGUCUGCUUUUCCUGUUCGUCUGCUAGCAGCUAUUUGGGAGGUUCCAGUUCGGGAGUUGGAGUGCUAUUUUGUAUCCAGUUCGGGAGUUUGGUGUUGUGCAGUAGCUGUGCCUGUAUCUCUGGAAAGGGGGCUGAUCGCCUAAACAUUUUUUACCCCUUGUGUGCAAAACGGUCCGUUACACCCUCCUUUUGAAAAAAUAUUCUGCACUUGCGUGAAAACUGGUGGGCGGUAAGGAAAUUUUUUCAACCAAAAAGAUGCAUUAGUGGGCGGUAGGUAGAAAAAGGUUGACUACCACUGGUUUAGACAGACAUUCUCUAGGGCAUCUGACUGAAAAAGAAAUUCAGUUAAUGAAUUUAUAUGACAUCUGACAUCAGCUCGAAAAUUAAAUGGACAGUGGACGUUGUUUGCAGGACAACAAUAAAACAUUUAGUUGCCUCUUAUAAAACUGACUGGGUGCCCCAUCUUACUUACCUAUGUAAUUAUGCACUCAUACAGAUACAUACACAGAGACAAGUUUAUUUAUAUUCCACUUUAUACUAAAUUUUAAAGUGAAUUUCAAAUUCAAAGGAUCACUAUAGGGUCAGGAACAUAAACAUGUAUUCCUGACCCUAUAGUGUUAAAACCACUAUCUAGCCCCCUUGGGCCCCUCAUGCCUCUAUUAAUAUAGCAAAAUCUUACUGUAUUCACGCCAGAAGCUGUAGCUCUUCAUGCUGUUAGCCUAAAAAAAAAAAAACUAGCAGUCUGAAGUGGUGGCCUGAUCCAAUCACAAUGCUUCCCCAUAGGAUUGGCUGAGAUUGACAGAGGCAGAUCCGGGGCAGAGCCAGCAAGAUUCAAACACAGCCUGGCCAAUCACCAUCUCCUCAUAGAGAUGAAUUGAAUCAAUGAAUCUCUAUGAGGAAAGUUCAGUGUCUGCAUGCAGAGGGAGGAGACACUGAAUGUUUGGAUGCAUUUUAGGGAGCCAUGACCCAGGAAGGAUCUCUAACAGCCAUCUAAGGAGUGGCCAGUGAAGUUAUCACUAGGCUGUAAUGUAAACACUGCAUUUUCUCUGAAAAGACAGUGUUUACAGCAAAAAGCCUGAAGGUAAUGAUUCUACUCACCAGAACAAAUUCAAUAAGCUGUAGUUGUUCUGGUGUCUAUAGUGUCCCUUUAAGUUUAAAAUAGUAAAACUGGAAACAUUCUCUCAUCUAUGUUUUCAGUUUGCCUAUUCUGGUCUUAAAUUUAAAUUCACUUUGAAUUCUCACUUUAGUGAAGAACCCUGAAAGGUACACACAUGCGUACACAAGCACAUGCGCAUACAUCAAUACUAGGGAUUGACCGAUGUAAUUUUUCCAGAACCGAUGCCGAUACUGAUUAUUGGUUGCCAUUCGGAGCUCCUAGAAAAUGGGGACAUUAGGAUAGAAAAUUGGGAGAGAGGGAUUUGUGCCAAAAAUAGGGAUUGUCACUUGGUAUGACAUCCCUUUAUCUUUCUGAUAUUGUCUGCUUUAUUAAAUUCUACAUAAUGUGGUCCUUAGGGUCAGUACAUGCAUAUACUAGGGAUCAACCAAUAUUGUUUUUUUAGAGCUGAUACCGAUAAUCUGUGAACUUUCAGGCCGAUAGCCGAUAACUUGCCGACAUUCUGUACAUUUACCAUUUUGAAAAACAAAUACUAUUUCUAAAGGUCAUACAUACAUACAAAUUGAUGGAGUGUCUUGGUAUACAAUAAAUGGCAUAUAAUGCACAAUAAAAGCUGUAAAGACAAAAAGGACAAAACCUACAAUACGGUAAAAAAUAUUGGUGGCUUGAAGUAUAAUAUGUGGUAGGUACUCACAAACCCAGAGCCAAAAGGAACUGGCUCAAUUCCAACGCCUGUGGGGUAAUUAUAAGGGUUCCCACUCCCUUUCUAUGUAGCAGCUAUUCUUGUAUUUUCUGUUGCCCCUGGAAAGAAGGGACCAUUAGCUCUUGGAUAGAGAAAGCUCUUCUUUAAUAAAAAUUCAUAAAAUAUACAACUGUAUUAAAUCUAAAAAACAAAUAAACAUAAAAAGAGAGUGUGUAUAAAAACACACAGAGUCUCUGUAUAAAGUAAUCCAAAGUACUCCACUGUGGGAGAUCAGCAAGUCUCGUAUCGCCCCAAAAAAGGGCUUCCUCAGUUGCUCCUCUAUUUCUAAAGGUAAAUGCACAAAAUAUACAUGCCAUAUGUAGUGGAUGCAGUGUGUUUAGACAGGGGAGCUGUGUGUGUUUGUGUGUUUGUGUAGUGAGUAUAUAAUGAAUGCAAAGUGUGUUUGUGUAGUGUGUUUAUAAUGAAUGUUUGUGUAGUGUGUAUAGUGAAUGCAGUGAGUGUUUGUGUAGUGUGUAUAUAUAGUGAAUGCAGCGUGCGUAAAGUGAAUGCAGUGUGUGUUGUGUUUGUAUAGUGAAUGCAGUGUGCAUAAAGUGAAUGCAGUGUGUUUGUGUAGUGUGUGUAUAUAAUGAAUACAGAGUGUGUGUGUUUGUACAGUGUGUGUAUAUAAUGAAUGCAGUGUGUGUGUGUUUGUGUAGUUUGUGUGUUUGUGUAGUGUGUGUGUAUAUAAUGAACGCAGAGUGUGUGUUUGUAUAGUGUGUGUAUAUAAUGCAGAGUGUGUAUAGUGUGUGUGUAUAUAAUGCAGAGUGUGUGUAGUGUGUGUAUAUAAUGAAUGCAGUGUGUGUGUGUGUGUUUGUAUAGUGUGUGUGUUUCUGAAGGGAUGUAAUUUGUGUAAAAUGAGGGGGAGGGAGCAUAUUUUAUUUGUAAUAGUUAUAUGUUUUAUUUUUUUGUCACCUCUCCCUGCUUGUUACCUGGCCAGGGAGGGGGCUAUGGCAUUCCCUGGUGGUGGAGUGGCACGGUCUGUGCAGUGGGGGGGCCCGCAGCAAGCUCUUACUUACCUCCCAGCAGCUCCCUGUGUAAAUCUCGCGGCCUGCGUGCCGCAAGGAGCAUUGCCAUGGUAACCGGUGGCAACGCUCUGCGGCCGCGGGACUCGCAAGAUUUACACAGGAAGCUGCUGGGAAGGUAAGUAAGAGCUUGCUGUAGGCCCCCCCAGGACCGCCGGGCUUGUAAGGGCACGGCGGUCCUGGUAUGUAUUAUCGGCAAUAUUGGUAUCUCUUUUGGCCGAUAUCGAUAUUGACGAAAAUACAGAAUAUCGGCUGAUAAUAUCCGUAAAACUGAUAAUCGGUCGAUCGCUGGCAUAUACCAUGGUACCUUGUUCUUUGCUAUUCAUAAGGUAAUGCACCAUUGAUCCCUUUUCCUCAAUUAUUUUUAAUUCAAGAAGUAUGAAACGUUGGGAUGCCACCUCUUUAGAAGAACUCUAAAUACACUGUACACCAGAGUUGGUAUACUGACUCAAAUAAAUGUGAGUGUCACUUUCAAGAUACCUAAAUCACCGGAGGAAAUCUCGUACAGAAUUAAGCUAUAUUUUUACUCCGUCUUCUUUCUAUGUUACACAUGUAAAAAUCACUGCACUGUACUGGAUAUGAUUAAUAUUUUAGAUCUUAGUGUGAAAAUUUCCAGAUUUGACUAAUUACAUGACGUAAAGUCAUGAUUUUAUUAAGGACACGGAGGUGAGUAUUAGGCUUAUCUCUUUCUUUUAUUCCUCAGCAGCAAAGAAAACUAAGGUAUUCAUAGUAUAGGAAAAAAUGAACAAAUACCCUCACAGGGUUAACCAUUACUUCAUUGGACGGUUCCAGAGAGGGUGUCCAGCGUCCGGGUGGCCGGAUGCCAUGGCCGGAGUGAGUUUGGGUAAUAAAGUACCCGAAAUUAUGCAGGGAGAAAAGUGGGUUAGCCGCCCUGGCGGGCGGGAAAACGGAAGGGCGGCAGCCUGAAGCAGCACACCCCCAGGUGGCCCCCCACGAAGGGGCCAGCACGGAAAAUUGUCAAUUAUAUACAAUAAACAGUGCAGUCAUAGAUAAAACACACACAUAAACAGUAUGACAUGUCAGAGUAAAUCAAAUAUGGUGGUACUUAGCUGAGGCAGCAGCAAAGAAAGAGGAGGAGAUGGGGGUCACAUGGGACUAUAUGAUAUGUGGACUAUUCCCAUUGGUUAAGAUAUAAUGAUGUAAUGGUUAACCCUGUGAGGGUAUUUGUUCAUUUUUUCCUAUACCAUGAAUACCUUAGCUUUCUUUGCUGCUGAGGAAUAAAAUAAAGAGAUAAGCCUAAUAAGAGCCUCUGUGUUCUUAAUAAAAUUAGAUAUUAGUCAGGUUAGGGUUAGUGUUAGUUCCCAUAUGUGGUAGCAAUGGUCACAUUACAAUUAUUUUUGGAAGAAUGUCCACAUAAUAAUCAAUAUUACUCCUUCUGUUGUGACUUUGACUCCAGAACUAUGUUAAUCAAGUAAUUUUCUGAAAACUUAGCCAAAGUGGAUAAGAUAAUGGUAGGCCACGUCUUGAUAGUGGCCACUAUGGUAGUAUCACGUUAUUGGAAGUCUGACAUAGUUCCUGCUAUUAAGAUGGUACUAACACAGGGGCUGAUCCAGAAACUAAUCUCGGGAAUGGCACUGGCAGAUUAUUUAAAGAAACAAUUAGUGCACAAUAACCACUUCAGCUCUCUGUAUCGGUAUAAUGCCAGGAGUGCCAUUGCGCCCUCCCAUAGUAAGUAGUCAAACCAUUUAAAAAACAAUUUGACAACUUACCUGUGACCUGCCAGGAUAGGGGAAGUGGAGUGUGUGUGUAAGGGGUGACGUGUGUGUGAGGAGUGACAUGUGUGAGGGGUUAAGUGUGUGUGAGGGGUGGAUUGAGUGUUUGUGAGGGGGGGCAGUGUGUGUGUGUGUGUGUGGAGGGGUGUAGAGUGUGUGUGAGGGGUGCAGAGUGUGUGAGUGGUAAAGUGUGUGUGUGAGGGGUACAAUGUGUGUGUGAGUGAUGUAGUAUGUGUGUGUGUUUACAUGUACAUGGUAUGUGUAUGGAGUGCAGUGUGUGUGUGUGAGGGUGCAAAAUGUGUAUGGGGGACAGUGUGUGUAUUGGGGCAGUGUGUGUAUGUAUAGGGGUGCCGUGUGUAAGGGGGGGAAAGAGUGUGUGUUUAGGGGGCAGAGUGUAUAUUUGGGGGGCAGUGUGUGUGUUUGUGGGUUCAGUGUGUAUUUGGGGGGCAGUGUGUGUUUGUGUAUUGGGGAAGUGUGUGUGUUUGUGGGGUGUAGUGUGUGUAUGGCGGGUGUAGUGUGUAUGUGUAUGGGGGUGCAGUGUGUGUAUGGAGGGCAGUGUAUGUGUGGGGGGUGCAGUGUAUAUAUUACGGACAGUGUGUUUGUGUGUGGCGCAGUGCGUGACAGUGUAAGUAGGUAUUGUUUCUAUGAAGGGGUAGAUUAAAUAUAAUAUGUUUUGUAUUAUUAAAAUUAAUUUAGUUAAUAUCCCCCCUCCCUUCUUACCUCUGGCCUAGGAGUGGGGACAGUGUUUCCAUUCCCUGGCAGUCCUAGUGGUGAGAGUGAACUCUAGCCUGCAGCUCAGCUAGAGUUCACUCUCGCGAGAACGGAGCAUUGAGUCCGGUCUGUGUAGGCAAACAGCAGGGCCGGCGCUUGGAUAGGGCCGGAAUGGGAGACCCUGGACCUCACUAUUUCCUCGGGGGGAGGAGGGGAGGAGCAAUUUCCCUGUUGCCGACUCCUGCCCCCCCCCCCGGAUCCGCCACUAACAUUGGCAUUAGAGAAUGAGUCUUAUGAGAUGCACCUCAGAUUGACAUCAAACACGAGAAUCAUUAACUUACUACUGGAACCUAUGGGUGGAUAAUUUCAAACAAAUAUACUCUUUAUGAUGACAUUUUUGCUGGAUUGUAGCUCAUGUGCCUCUCCUUUUACUCUUGUUUUGUUAGCAUGCGCAACAUAUACUAUAUAUCUCCAUCGCAUGUAUAGUGCUUUUCUGAUAUGAGAUACUUUAUUACACCUUAUUUGACACUAUGUAGUGUUUUUCAUAAUGCAUAUGUUGCCAAUUUUAGAAUGGAUGGAUGUUUUUCUCCAUUUCUUUUUGUUUGUUUGAUUUAUUUGUAUUCUUAUUUUUUAUUCUAUAUAUUUCAUUAUUUUACGAUGAUUAUUACUAUUAUUAUUGUUGUUAAAAAUGAAAACCUUUCAAUAAAAUAAUUUGACAAGAUAUAAGGUCCAUCCAUUCACAGAUCCCGUUGUAUGUGCUUUCCUGGUCAAAUCAGGGCAUUUGACAACUGUGUCAGGACAUGAACAUCCCACCUCCUCAUGGGCACAGGAUAUCAGGGAUAAUCAUGUACUCCUACAUAGUAAUCUAUGCAAGAAAGCAGAUGCUUAUGUAGAGAUAUACUAACUUAACAAAAAUACAUUCAAGGACAAAUUCCUGUUAGGUUGCAGAGAACAUAUAUUUUGAAGAUAGCAAAAGUUAUGUUGAGCUGCAUUUUUUUAAGGUCAGAUUUGGGCAACCAGUUAUGAGACAGGUCUGGAUGCCUGUUUUAAAAAUCUGAAAACAAAGAAUGAAGUUAAUAUAAUUAAAAAAACAAUAAAUAUUUAUCGAGAUAGAAAUUAUUUCUACUUUAAAGUUAAACACCAUUUGUCAUUGUCGUGCAAAAACCACAGGAAUGCGAGCAUAGUUCUACGGCAUGCAAGUACAUAUAUAAAAAGACGUGUAGUUUACAUAUCUGUGUAGUUAGUAGGUAUAGAUGCAUACUUGGUGUAUGAGUCACAAUGCCACAUUGUGCAUUGUGGAAUUGUGACUGAUGAGCCAUGAUCCUUCAACAAAUGUUCCCUCUUAAAAGGUGUCUAGCAUAUUCUGUAAUGCUGUGCAUUGAUAUAUUUUUCAUAUUGAAAUUGCACCUGAUAUAGAAUUGUAUAUGAUAUAUAAUAGCCAAUAAAAUGAUAAGCAAAUGAGAUUGUAUCAUAUUUUUCACAAUUAUACACAGUUUCCUUCUGGAUAAACAUUAGCAAAAAAGGCAACUGUGGAUGGCUAAAUUUAUAUUAUGGAAAAACCCUUGAUGCUGAUGCUAUGUAAUGCUUAUUAUAUAAGCUAAUAUGAUGCAAAUAUCUUACACAGUACAAUAAGGACAGUGGACAUCUAUACAUGUAAAAGAACCCACCAGUGUUAGCAAUAAAAAAAGACUGUCGAUAAUUUCGGUUUUGGGUCCUCCUGUAAAGAAAAGAUAUUAGUUACAGCUAAUAUAGUGCACAAGACGGUUUCCUUGCCCCAUAUCUGCUCCUCUUGGAGAUCCUUACUAGUGAGUCAAAAAGAAGCUUUGGGCUCCUUCACCUGUGGUUUUGGGGAAGUGCAAAUAAAAGACUUGCCCCCUGAGUAACUUAUGAGCUUGGUACAUCUCAGUGGAAUGGUGCAAUUUAGUUUACUUAUAAAAUCUCUAGAAAGGGGGCACUCUGUUAACCCAUAAAGCACUUGAACAAGCGGAAGGGGUUUGAAGUGUUCCUUUAAGAAUAAGAUUUACUUGUCACCCUGUCUCUUAUUCAUAACACCCGAAAUAUAUUUAGUAAAAUCUGUAAUACAAAUCGUACAUGAUUUAUCAUGUCCCUUUAUUGUAAUACAUGUCAAUAGCACAGAGGUCUAUUGUCUGGUAGUUUGCAGACAUUUGCGUAUUCUGUAUUUUAUAUAAGUUAAGAUUUAUUUAUUUUUGUGGGGGGGGUGGUUGGGGGGCAGGGGGAAGCCCUCAAAUCCCCUACAUCUUGACAUUCAUAAAGCAUAUUAAAAAAAUAAAAAUCAACCGAAAUGAACUUCAUGGCUUUUUAUGUUUGAUGAGUCUUAUAAUCCGCUUAUAAUGAAUUUCAAUGCCAAAAUAUGUUUUAAUGCACAUGUACCUUUGGCAUGUAACAUACAUUCCUCACUGACAAAGAAACACCAGGGCAUAUACCUCUCAACACCUUCUAAAUACACAGAAUCUGGAUAUGUAAGUCUCACUCCAGUUUAAUGAGAAGAGACGCCAAGAAUACAUUCUUCAGCCUCCUCAUGUAACACAGGAUGAAAGACCGAACCUCAUGCCAAUAGCUAAUGCUGAGUAAUGUUCAACUCUUUAUUUUUAAUUUUUUUUAAGUAAACUUUAGAAACACAAGUCCUUCAAUUCUUUCAUUUUGUCAGAAUAAUGAAAUACACGCAUCUGCGUCUUGUAAUAAACAUUGUUGUUGUUUUUUUACAAAUAAGUAUAUACUGUGUUCAUGUUUGCUGAUAUAGCAUCUCUAUCUAUAUAGAGGAAAUAAAUAUUGUGUGUGUAAUAGCAUUUUCUUCAUGGGCAAGAUCUUGCUGGAAUUCAUUAAAGGACCACAGCUUAAUGAAGUGGUCUGGGUGCCUGGUCCAGCUAGGGUUAACCCUUUUUUUAUAAACAUAGCAGUUUCAGAGAAACUGCUAUGUUUACACUGAGGGUUAAUCCAGCCUCUAGAACCUCUAGUUGCUGUCUCAUUGACAGCCGCUAGAGGCGCUUGCGUGCUUCUCACUGUGAAAAUCACAGUGAGAAGACGCCAGAGUCCAUAGGAAAGAAUUGUAAAUGCUUUCAUAUGAACUGGCUGAAUGCGCGCGUGGCUCCUGCCGCGCAUGCACAUUCAGCAGAUGACGUCGCUAGGAAGGAGGAGAGGAGGAGAGGAGGAGGAAAGCUCCCCACCCAGCGCUGGAGAAAGGUACGAUUUUAACCCCUGCCUCUCCCCAGAGCCAGGCGUGAGGGGGACCCUGAGGUUGGGGGCACCCUCAGGGCACUAUAGUGCCAGGAAAACGAGUAUGUUUUCCUGGCACUAUAGUGGUCCUUUAAGCUCCAAAUGUGGUCUCUAAUGGUUGGAAUGCUUGGGGUGUUCCUUUAAAGGGACACUCCAGGCACCCAGACCACUUCUGCCCAUUGGAGUGGUCUGGGUGCCAAUCCCACUACCCUUAACCCUGCAACUGUAAAUAUUGCAGUUUUCAUAAACUGCAAUAUUAACCUUGCAGGGUUAACUCCUCCUCUAGUGGCUGUCUACUAGACAGCCACCAGAGGGCACUUCCAGGUUUAUAGCACACAUUUCACACGCUAUGUGAGGACCUCCAGCGUCGCUGAAAUCCCCAUAGGAAAGCAUUGUAAGCAUUUUUCAAUGCUUUCCUAUGGGGAGAUCUAAUGCGAGUGCGCGCAUUAGGUCUCUCCCCGCCAGCGGCCGAGCAUGUGCGAUAGGUCACCCCCGCCGGAUGACGUCAGCGGGGGAGGAGCGUGGGCGGACCCUGAACCAGCGCCGAGUGACGUCGGAUCUGGAUACUGGUAAGUCACUGAGGGGGUUUUAACCCCUUCAGCAACUUGGGGUUGGGGGGUGGGACAGUUUGUUUUCCUGGCACUGGAAAGUCCCUUUAAACAUUCUAAGGAAAAGCAGUGUUUACAUAGCUGCCUAGGGACACUUCCAGAGGCAGUCGUGACAGUCACCCUACAUGGAGGCACCGAAUAUUCCCCAGUAGACAUGCUGUCUGAUUCGUGAAUGAUUUACUUAGUGGACUUUCGGUCUAGUAGAGUAGACCUGUUUACUGUGUGACUCAACUUUGGAGAAAACAAUUGGCUGCACAACUAAACAGUAUAAAUAUGGCAUCCAAACACACUGUGUAAUACUUUCCUGUGUUUUAAGGGUGAGAAAUAGGAGAACACUUGGAACACAGCCACUAAUUCUCUCCCACACUCUAUAAAAUGUAUCCUUUGCAAUCAUUUGCUUGUUUUAUCUUACCGCCUCCUUCUCUGACCCUAGUUACUAAUACCUCACACAGUACAGAAUUCUGAGCCUGAUCUCACAAAGUGGGAAGGAUAAGAAUUAAAAGACAACUCUCAUUUGAAAUCUUAUUUUCAUAUAAUAAUCAUUUUAUAAAGUAAUGAAAGAAAAUAGAUUUAAAAAAAAAAAAGAUAUCAUCCCUACCUUUCGUAUAUGAAAGGAUCCUUUGGCCAUAUACAUACACCUAGGGUCAGACAAUGUUUGAAAACCAACAGCUAGUCUCUGCAAGUAGUGAAGCAGAGAAGAUCAUAGAGACUAACACUGUCUGAUCCAAGGUGCAUGUAUAUGGCUUAAUGAUCCUUUCAUAUAAUAAAUGUAUGGAUAAGUUUUUCUCAUUUUUUACAUAUUCUUAAUAAAAAAAAUAUGUUUUCCUUUCAAUACUUGAUGAAAUGAUUAUUAUAUUAAAAAAAUAGUUUUAAUGUGAUUUUUGGCAUUUAAUGAAAUGGUCAUUUGACACUUUAAACUUCACAUUUGUGUUCAGUCAACUGAAGCAAAAGUCUGAGUCAGCUUUUAAGUGGCUCAGUAAUAUGUGAGUUUGCUAAAUUAUUCACAAUUUAAAAUUUAUCUGGAUGUUAUAACCCUAUGUUUUUUUCCUGAUUUUAUAGUUACAGGAUUUUUAAUUGAAUACAAGGGUAAAGAAAUUUACUGUUUGUGUGUGCUCUCACCGUAUACUAUUUUUUUCACUGAUUUUAUGAGUGACCCCACAGGUGAUUGUAGCACUCUACUCCAUUGUAUUUUAACCUAAUAUACGCACGUUUUUCUUUUUAAUUGAAGCAAAAGUGCAUUGUGUCUCCAUUCUUAAUGUGUGUUUCUGACUUUUAGUUCUUACUUUGACUUUUGUGGCAAGUGUUGUGAUAAUUUAAGACACAAUAUAAAGUUUAAGCAAAUAUAACUGCAUUGAUCACUUGGGGGAAUUUUAAAACUCUGCUAUUUUAAUGUGAACCCUUUCAUCUGUUUCAACUCGCCACAACUCACUAAUUAGUGGAUAGACUCCUUUGUGUGUUGUGCUAUGAGAUGUUAAAAAUAAUCAUUACAAAUUCCACUAUAAUCGCACUCGAUGGCUUAAUAAUAGUUGGCCACACUAAAUAAAAGCGUCACUCUAGGGAUUUCUGUGUAAAUGAACUCCUACUUUGUUUAAUGUUAACCAUUCCUAGGCAGACCAGGACAUGUCUGUCUGGCGGUUUACUAAUACACUAGCCCUAAUCCUAAUUUCACUGAGUUGUUAGUCUCUUGGGUUAUGUUUGGUGGGUGUUUUCUUAAACAGCACCCAGGCAGGGUUAUACACUAAAUUAGGGACUAGGAAGGGAUUUAAAAGUUGAACAAUACCUAAAUUUGUUUCUACUUGAGCUAUGGUGGAUAAAGAUUACAGUUGCUAUCUUCAAUUAUCUGAUUAUAUAAAUCCAUUACAAGAGGAUUACAGAAUAAGAGUGACAUAAAGGGAUAUAAAUUUACAUUUAAUUAUAAUACACUAUGGUCGACCAAGAGUGUAUGCAUGAUAGUACAGCACAGUUGUCUAUAUAGAGGAUACCGCAAGACUGUGGGAUCCACUAUUGACCAACUCAUGUGGAUGUAUGAGAAGGAGCUUCGUUCCCACAGCUAUUGCAAACCUGAUGGUGGAAGAUCGGUCUUUUGUCAAGUUUUGCUAAUUUGAGGCUUGACCGUAAGACAAACUACUAGCUGCUUUUGCUUAUUACAUCUUUUGAUUACAGUGAAAUUUCAGUGUAGUCCCAAACAGUCAAGAUUAUAUUUCUAUAAUAAUUUUAUUGUAGUGAGAGAGCACCUAUAAAGCAUCAUUAUGGUUCCUUGGCUCCUUGUAAGUUUUUAUGGAUUUGCUCUUCAUAAUAGACAACUAUCACUCCAUGAGAUAUCAGGAUUUUCUAUAAUACCGGCCUUUGUAGACAUUUUUAAGUUAAUUUUAGCUUUCAAACGCUCAAUAUCUACUUAUCAAUGGUGAAACUAUCUGUGAUUAUACAAUAAUGAGUGCAACAUACAAUAAUUAUAUUUAAAUGUUUCCACAGUAAUAUUAAAGGGAGGAACACAAUCAGCACCCAGUGAUUUACAGUCAAACUGGCAGAUAUCUUGAGUAUUCCAGAAUGGCGACCUUUGGAUUUUGGCAGCUAGUUUACCUUCUUGUCCUCAUACAGGUAACAAUUCAGAUCUGUGUCAUUUUCUACUUGGAUAAUUAUCACAAUGUUUCUCCAGUUCUUUACUUUUUCAAACAUGAUUUAUUGAUUUAUUUAGAUAGUUAAGCAUGAAGACAUUAGCCUUAAAGGUAUUCUGCUGUGACAAUCUUGUUCUAUGCACUUACAGAUAGGUCUUGUAUUUACUGUCAAUGCCGACUGUCAGGAAAAUGAAUUUGAGGAUGAGCGUGGCAAUUGUCUCCCAUGUAAACAGUGUGGACCAGGACAAGAACUUUCCGAGGUGAGAAGAACAUUGUAAAGUAUAUAUAGCAUAGAGCAGCCAGAUCGACCAUGCUUCCCUGGACAAAUAUAAUAAUUAAAAGGAUUCUGUAGUGUUAGGAAUACAAACCUGUAUUCCUAGAACUGUAGUGCCCUCUGAUCCCCUCCUCCACUGCUGCCCCCCAUAGACGAAAAUUAUUUAUGCACGAUUAUUUACGCACCCGAUUCCAGCGCUGAUGUCCCUCGCCGCUGGGUUGUGCUCCACCUUAUCCGCUGUCAUCUGAUGGGGGUUGCUGUUGCGCAAGAAAGCAUUGCCUCUAUGCUUUCCUAUGUGUAUUUCACUGACACUGGAUGUUCUUAUGCAGAGCGUAAGGAUAUUCAGCAUCAUUUAAGAGACUCAGAGACCGUUAGAAUCCAGGAAGUGCCUGUAGAGGCUGUCUGAAAGACAGUCUUAGUCCUGCAAGGUAUUUAUUCCACUUUCUCUAAUCCUGCAAUGUUUUACAUUACAGGACUAAGGGUAACAGGGACACUGCAUCAAUGAGAUGAAGUGGUCUGGGUGACUAUAGUGAACCUUUAACAGCAAAUAAUAAUUGUUUUGUUCCAGUUUUUUUUAAAUUAUAUUCUGCUGAAGAUAAACAAAUUCAUUAAUCAACUGAGGAUCCUAAAGGAAUUGCCCUAAUUAAUUUCAUUUCUGCAACAAAUGCAUUGUAAUUGUGACAGGACAUCACUUUUCAUGCGCUCCUGCUGAGAAUGAAGAAUGUAUGUGUCCGAGAAAAUCUGGUGGUUCUGGCAACUCUAGCUAACAAGAUCAUUUUUAAUAAUUAAUUCAGUGUACCCACUUUGCCUUGAUAAGUAUUCUGACAAACUUCUUGGCUGGUUAUAGCAGUGGUAACAUCACUUCCUUAAAACUGGGAAACCCAGGGCCUUCAACCCUAAAUCCUCUUUCGGGAUUGUAAAGUGCUGCAGAAUAUGUUGGCCCUAUAUUAAAGUUCUUAUAAUCAUAACUCUCUUGGGCCUUUCCAUGUGUUGCAGUGUUGCAAAUAGGAUUUGUUUUUUAAUUGGUAUUUUUACAAUCUGGCACAGGACCAACACAAUCAUCACCCUUAGAGGACGAUCCCUACUAUACAGGAAAAUUGUUUUGGUCCACAAGAUACUUGAGACUGAAGUAGAUGUUUACCUGUCAGCAUAUUAAUGAAUUUAAGAUGCAGCCAAAGCUACUCUGGGAAGAUUUGAAUCAAACCAAAAAAACUGAAUGCCUUAACACAGCCAAUUCAAAGCUCAGAUCUCAUUCUGAUUGAGAAUAUGUAGAACAAUGUUAAAGGGACACUAUAGUCACCAGAACAACUACAGCUUAAUGUAGUUGUUCUGGUGUGUAUAAUAGCUCCUUUCAGGCAUUUUCAUGUAAACACUGCCUUUUCAGAUUUGUCAACUAAAUCUAAAAAAUGUACUCAACUAAAAUCUGACUAAAAUUGUUAGUUGACAAAACCCCUUAAGACCGCAGGGCGUACUAUUACGCCCUAUUCUAAGCGGCUCUAAACGCCGCCGGGCAUAAUAGUACUCCCUCCGGUCUUUUCCUACUUACCCAGGGAGCCCCCCGCGGCACGUCCGACGUCCUGGAAGCCCCCCGGCCAUGUGAGAGUGGGGUCCUUUUCAUGGUGUUUUCAAAAGUUACAGCGUCAAAUAUAAGGCUUGCCAGAUUGGUUAGGUUGCCUUUGAGACCCGAUGGUAGCCCAAGAUUGAAAAUUACCCCUAUGAUGGCAUACCAUUUGCAAUAGUAGACAACCCAAGGUAUUGCAAACGGGGUAUGUCCAGACUUUUUUAGUAGCCACUUAGUCACAAACACUGGCCAAAAUUGGCGUUUUUUGCAUUUUUCACACACAAACAAAUACUAACGCUAACUUUGGCCAGUGUUUGUGACCAAAUGGCUACUAAAAAAGACUGGACAUACCCCAUUUGCAAUACCUUGGGUAGUCUACUAUUGCAAAUGGCAUGCCAUUAUGGGUGUAAAUUUCAUUCCUUGGCUACUAUACAGUAUCAAAGGCAACGUAACCAAUCUGGCGAAUUUCAAUUUCAAAUGUAACGUGCUGUAUUUGACCCUGUAACUUCCCAAAACGCCAUAAAACCUGUACAUAGGGGGUACUGUCUUACACCUGAGACUUUGUUGAAUACAAAUAUGUGUAUUUUAUUGCAGUAAAAGCAAACAGUAUUAUGACAUUGACCGUUAAAAUGUCAUGUAGAACUAAAAAAAAAAAAAAAUGCCAGGUUUUGUUUACAUUUUGUUUUGUUCACAACGUGUACAUUUGGCUCCGUCCUUAAGGGGUUAACACUGAUGUAGAAACAUUUGAAAAUGGUUCCCAUCCAAUCUGAUUUACUUAAGUAUUUAUGCUCUGUAAUUUGAGGUAUAAUUACAACCAAAUGUGAUUCUACAAACUCAUGUGUGCAGGUGAGGGGUGAACUCUUAUGUAAUCAUAAAUGUUUUUUGCUUAUUUACCUUUUGUGACACAAUAAAUUGUUAGGUAUGUUGUGCAAAAAAAAAUGUUAAACAUCUCAGUAAAAUCUAUUUUAAUUCCAUAUUGCUGCAAAAUGUGGAAAUGCCUGUGGGGGAUAGGUGUGUGCGGCACAUUUUAUUAGGCUCGGCACUCAGGAAUAUUUAAUCCCCAAAGUCAAACAUUUAGCAAAGGGGCAAUAAUAGGAUAUUUAGUGCUAGCAGUCAAAUUCAGUUCUUGCACCUCCUCUGUUCUUUAUGCAAGACUUGGAAAUGGAGAACGCAAGACUGCGACUCCACACCCCUGCAAUUUCUUCCAAUCAGUCAUGCACAUCUUGCGAGAAAAAAAAGUGUCAAGUCAGGUCCAUAUUGCUGUGCAAUAAGAAAUGUCUUAGUACUUGCUCCAAUUUCUCAUCGUACUCCCAAUGAUACUUUUGCAAGGAGGUAAGAGAGGGAAAUUCAACAGCUAGGCAUUACAGUCAGCAGUGUGAAAAUGAAAAGUAUGACCAGUUUAGCUUUGGUUGUGGUAGAGAAUGUCUGGGCUCACAUAGUACACUUUGCGCAUUCCAGUGACAAAGGAGGUGAAUUCUUAUGCAGGGCACUAUAUAAAUUUACAUUUAACUAUUCUUUAUUAAAGUAGUAUCAGUAAUAUGUUUGUUGGGGCAUUAAUUAUAUUAAGGGACCCUGUGUGCCCUGUAAUUCCUUUAUUUCAGUGAAGUGGUCAUUGUGUCUAGAGUCCCCUGGCACCAUCAUUAAAUUCGGCAUUCAAUUGCUUUUAAUGCUUUAAUGUUAAACAAGCGUUCUCAGCAUUCCAUCCCCCCUGUGUUGUUUGGGCUAUUGUGGAAGCAAUAACCUAAGCAGCAGCUGACGGCUGAGAAGGUCAGGUUGCCGUAUUCACUCUAUCACAGCUGCCAUUGCUGAUAUGAAUUGGUAAAGCUGUAAGACAGUGUGUAGGGAACAGUAGUGGCUGGGCGGUGGGUAGACAGAUAGCCUUAUAUAGUGUUAAAAUGCUUGAAAAUGGUUAAAAACAUUAAAUAUGGCAUAUUUCAAAUUCUACUUAUUUAUUUGUCCAGGUUUAGUUUCAUACAGAAAUUUACAGUACAAUGCUGUUGAUGCAAUGCAUGUCACCUAGAAAGGAGGCAUGUCAGCUUGAAUUUGACAAGUAAUUUAGCUAGUUACUUAAGACUGCACAUGAGUGCUUGUUUAGUGAAGCUCUCAGGUUGCAUUAUUUGGGGGCUUUUAGUGGUGUCCCCAAAAUUAGGAGACCAAAUUAAAAACCACAGCAAGCCCAAAUUAGGACUGUUGAGAGGCGAGUUAUGAUUUAACUUAAAUUAUUAGAUUAUGAGAUAUGUUUGUGUUUGUGUUUAGGACUGUGGAAAUGGAAGAGAUGCUCAGUGUGUCCCCUGUAGACCUGGCAGAUAUAAGGAGGAUCGAGGACACCAGCGAUGCCUCCGCUGUCUCCCUUGUGCUGUUAUCAAUCGUGUCUUGAAAGUUAACUGCACCCCUACCAUGAACUCCAUAUGCGGUGACUGUCUACCAGGGUGAGUUUGGUUCCCUGAGUCCAUUUAGUUGAUAUAUGUUAACAGGCAAAGCUUGUUUUAGAAUCUCAUAUUGCACAGAUGGUAACAUCAUCCCUGAAUCCCAGAAUGAGCAGUUAACACUGCAUGGAUCACCUCUCUGCAUUCUGGGGACCAUAAUCUCAGGCAGAACCUGAACAUACAUGAAUCAGUACCCAGGAUCAGUAGAAAUUGCACACCCAAGUGGCACCUACCAUCAUUUUAAUGAUGGCAGCUAAAAUAACAAGCACUCAAGAAUUGUGUGUCACAGUGCUGCCCAUACAAUAAAACUUCCACUUAACCCCUACACUAUUCUAACACCCUGCACUGUACUAUCAUAUUAAGUUUAAUCCCUACACAACCAUAACAGCAUCACUAAAUAUUAACCCCUAUACUACACUAUUGCUAAACAUAUAUUAGUUCAAUACACUAAACAUGAACUCCUACAUUACACUAAAUCUAAACUAAACGUUAACAGUGCUAACAAAUAUAUGCAAUAUAAAAAAAGUACAGAUAUUUAUAUAGGAUACAUAAUGGUAACCCAUGUAUUAUAGGAAAGUAUCUCGUACAUGUCCCAGUGGUGACUGAGACUGGUGGGAAUAAACCGACAUACGUUUAAUAAAGCAAUGUCAACUAUUUUUAAAAACAUUAUUCACUUUAAAAUUUGUUUGAAAUUGAGUGCAUUGUACUUGAUUUGUUACCUGUAGUGAUUUAAAUCAGCAAUUGAAUUCAUGUAAAAACAUUGAACUAUUUAAAUUUAAUAGGCUAUAACCCUUAAAAAAUAAGUUACAUUAGAAAAUGGGAAUUUUUAUAGAGCAAAUGUACACAUUUGAAUUAUCUCUUAUGACAUUUAGAGUAUAGAUUAAAUGGAAUGAAAUACUUUAAAUUAUCUCUGUAAAACUUUUCCCAAAUAACAAUCGCUAUGUAACUUGGUAUCUCCUAGGUGAAAUGUUAUAGUGAACUUGUUGUAGUCCUUUGUCAUUGCCUUGGAAAGCGCUCUGUUCUAGUACUGUUAUCGCCUAAUAGAAACACAGCACUCAGUGUGCCUCCCUAUAAUGUUGUAGGCAUUGUUCGAUCAGACAUGGCUCAUUCCAUGGAAAAAUACAUCAGGGUAUUCAGUUCAGCAUACUCCUGAAACUUAAAAUAUUCACUUCCGAUCUAUAAAGCACAACCCAGCUAAUGUGAAAAGAAUGUAGAGACACGUUCUACUUCCUAUCCCUUGUUUGUUGAGGAUCAGGAUUUUCUCUUGAAAAACAAUGGUUUUACAAGAGAUCAAGACCCUUAUUCUGUAUUUCCCAAAUUGAAAAGUGCUACAUUUUUUGUUUGUUUUGAACAACUGCAAUAUGUACAUCUACAUCAUUUUUACUGUGUGUCAUUCCUUUCAGGUUUUAUAGUAAAACACGGAUAGGAGGACUCCAGGAGUUGGAAUGCUUCCCAUGUACAUCUAAUACACCAUCAACAGAGCCUCAGUGUAUGUUGUCAAAUUUAUUAGCGAUCUCAAUGUAGUAAUUUGCUGGUUCUGAAGAGCUUGCAACAUACUAAAAAUGUUUGUCCGUUAUUCUGCAGGUCAGUCCAGGCCUGCAUCUCUCCAGCCAGUGAGCACUGUUUCUCCUCCUCGGGACCCUGUCAUUUUAGUGGCUGUUAUAAUGGUGGCCUUGGCACUAAUACUCAUUGCCUUGGUAACCUUCUCAGUUCUUUGCUGUGGACGCUUCUUCAAAAUCCAAUGUCAGAGGGGUGAGUAAAAAAUAUCCUAAUCUAUAGCUAGAGAAAUGAGAGCAAAUGCUGCCCGACACUUUGUGAACCUACCCAUAUCAUUAAUUCAUUAAAAUAGUCUAGAAGAGUAAACUGAGGUUUUGAUUGACUUUUUUGCAGCAUUUUAUCGAAGAACACAACACUUCUACUUUAAUAAUUAGGCCAAAAUGUUGUCCAAUUUUAGUUUUGAUUCAGUAAAUGUCUGUGGUGUAGAAAAUCAAUCUGUGAGACUACAUGGGCUAUUUCUUUAGCAAGUCUGUUAAACGGAUAAAAAAUAAAUAAAAAUAAAAAUCUUUAUUGAAGACAUUAGUGAGACUAUGUAGAUUAAUUUAGAGGAAUCUUUUCAUCACAGGUUUAAUGUAAUUACUCUCUAUAUAGAAUCCAAAUACUUAUUCCAGUAAUAUAGUGGACCAAUGCCUGAGAAAGACAUAUACAUUAUACCACUAGAUGUCUCUCCAUCUCUGUUUGCAACAUGGAAACAGUAUCAAUAUAAAUCAGUUCUUUAGCAGGUCUGUGUGAAUGGGGGUGCAGAGAUGUAUUUAUGAAGGAUGUUGGUGUGUGUAUGUGUGUGAAAAUCUUUGGAUUCAUUUAUAUGGUGGGUUAGGGUGUAAAUCAGGGGUAUAUUUACAAGCCUUUCCACUCUCCAUGCUUCUGGCCAUCUCCCUCCUAUUGUCGCUAACCCACCUCUCCACUUGGCAACUCCCUCCCCAUGUAAUACACCUUCUUUUCCUUGCCCAUGUAAUGCACAUUCUUUCCCUGCCCAUGUAAUACACAUUAUUUCCCUUGCCCAUGUAAUAUACCUUCUUUUCCUGCCCAUGUAAUACACCAUUGUUUUUCCUGCCCAUGUAAUACACCAUUGUUUUUCCUGCCCAUGUAAUAAACCUUCUUUUAGCUCUCCGUGUAAUACACCUUCUUUUCCCUGCCAAUGUAAUACGCCUUCUUUUCCUUGCCUAUAUAAUAGACCUUCUUUACCCUGCCUAUGUAAUACACCUUCUUUUACUCUCCAAGUAAUACACCUUCUUUUCUCUGCCAAUGUAAUACACCUUCUCUUGGGUCCCCGUGUAAAACACCUUCUUUUCCCUGCCCAUGUAAUAUGCCAUUUUUUCCCUGCCCGUGUAAUACACCUUAUUUUCACUGCCCAUGUAAUACACCUUCUUUUCCCUGCCCAGGUAAUACACCUUCUGUUUUCUUCCCAUGUAAUUGGCCACAUCCCAAAACUUCACUUUCCUUUUCUUCCCCAUUUCACCAUUCAUGUCACACACACACUCAUGCCCCUCCCUAAGUUACUAGUACACUUAUUCCCAUGUCAUAUCCUUUCUUUCCAUUAUCAAAUUCACUUUUUCCUCCUUAUGUCAUCAGUUCACUCUUUUUUACGGCACAUCUCGUUUUCUUCUCCAUGUCACUUUUCCCCCUUCAUAUCUCUAGUCUACUGCCUCCUUAGGCAACUUUACUCUCCAUAUCUCUUGGGCUCUCUUUAACAGUGACAUUUAAUUUUCCUUUUUCUUGCCUGUGUCAUAUCAGCCCACAAGCCUACUAAUUUCACUGUUCUCAUCCACACUGCUAACCUUCUCACCCACUCACUGCUAGCACCAUUUGUACCAACAUGCCUCAUAUUUAUAGGUGGCUGUUGUAAUUAAACUACCCACAGAUCAUCUUGAAGAGUCUCAGCUUAGAACACAAGCCAUGCAGCAAUGUGAGAUUCUUUAUAAAGUCAUUAGGAAACAAUAUAUGUUGCAGCCAUAGAAGUCUGACUUCCACUGACCAUAAGAUUUUUUAUUUUUUUUUAUAGCAUUUCAGAGAUCCCAUAAUUUUGCAGGUCAGCCGCGUAGUGUGGCAGAGAGUUGGGAAACCACACAGAGCCCACGUGAAGAGCAGCCAAUUCCUCAAUGCUGUUUUAGGUCUCCAGAGACGUGCCAACAGAUACAAAGUGAGUUUAAGGUCAAAUCUGCCAUUUUUGUUUGCUGAAGGAGUGUUCACUUACAUGACAGAUUUCAGAUUGUUCAGUAAUCCUUCUUUAUACAUUCUGCAAAUGUGAACAGUUAUUCCAGUUACCCAAAAAAAAGAACAUUGUCCACAAUUCUAAAAUUAACUAAAUUGGCAACAAGCCUCAUCUGUGCUACUUACUUGUAGUAGGUUUAAACAGAUAUUAUAGCACCUACGAUAUCAAUGUAUUCUUCUGAUACCUCAUUAAAUAAAUUGACAAGCCCAGCAGAAUGUUCUAUAUUUUUGAUGAUGUGCAUGUACAAGGUUAAAUGAUAAAUCUAAACCUUAGUUCCAUCAGUUCAUUUUUUUUUUUACAUUAUACGCAACUUGUGCAGUUAUUGUUGAGGGAAGAAAAUCAUGGGAAAAUAGUGCAACAGCUAGAAGGUUUCAUUUUCAAGUUACAGCACCCUUCUGUUACCCCAUAAUUUAGAAUGCUAAUGUGUUUCAUACAUGUUUGAUUUUUUUUUUUACAAAAGGUCCACUGGAAGAAGAAAGUCAUGCAGUUUCAGACAAAUCUUCCCCAAGUACCCACGUGAAAUGCAAUGACUUAGGUGCUCUUCAGCCAUCUGUGGAUCUGUGCCCAUUACCUCCUGCAUCCAUCAAACCUCACUAUACUCGAAGUGUAUCAGAGACGCAGCCAUUGAUCCGUAACUCUGGCUGUAGUGACUGCUUUUCGGGCUGCACUCCUACCUCAGAUUCUAGCCAAGUAGUAGCAGAACAACUGUCUACAAAAACUCAGUCAUGCGCCUCAGAACAACAGCACUGGUCUCAUGCUCCUGUUGAAUGCACAGAACUUGAUUUGCAGAACUUCUCGUCAGAGGUGGGAUUUUCUGCAAGUGAUCACACUGUGCCAAAGAACAGCUAUGGUUCUCUGCCAGGUCCCAGCUCUCAUACUUGUGUUAACAUGGACAUUACUCAAGAUAGGGCCACCUCAUCUACAAAGAUAGAACAAAGAUCAACAUGUAGACACCUGUCUCCCCAAAUUAUGGUAAGUAUGUUAGGUGUGAAUUUUGUGAACUUUUCUGAACCAUAAUUGUUGUAGGAAAUGCAUUUUUGUUAUAUUCUACAGAAUAAAUAAAGCUAAGAUCUUGAGUUAUACAUUAAUUAAUUACUGUGGUACCGAAGCUAAUUCAAAUGGCUGUAGACCCGGAGAUCUGAAACUCUGGCACGCCCGAUAUUAAUGGCCUACAACUCCUAGAAUUCUUUGAAUGCAGUAGAUGGUAGUAGAAUCAUGGGAUUUUUAGUUCAACCACAUCUGGGAAAUGCAUGUGUUUCUGGAUACUUUCAUUCUAACAGUAAUUAUAUAAAAAUCUCCCUUUAGACAUUUACAUAUUUAGCAAAGCAGAAGUAGCUAAGUGGGAGGGUCUGGGGCACAAAGGAGCAAAACAUUUUAAUUUUAUUAAAACUAAAUAGAUUUAAAUGUGAAGAAAAACACAACAUGAAUAUGAGGUCAAAGGCUAUAAAAUGCAUUUUAAUUUGCGUUGAUGUCCAUAGUGUAAAGGAACAUUCAAACCUUAGGAAUACAAACAUGUAUUCCUUAUACAUGGGUGAUUUAGAUAAUUGUGCUUCCAAUCAUGUUGUUUUAUUUAACUUAUUUCCCCGAUGCCUUUUCUUUCUCAGAAAAAGCAACGCUUGACUCUGCUAAUCCUGCAGACACAGGCUUGUUGCCCCGAAGCCACUACAUUAAGAUGUAGUGGUUCUGGUGCUUAAAGUUUCCCUUUAAGGACCAAUGAAAUGACAGCUUUUUGUAAGGUUUUUUGAUUAUUUCUUGUUCCUUAAGAGGUUAAACAGGAAUUUUUAUGGCAGUGAAUACAGUAUAUCCCAAACUAAGUACAUCUUGGCAAUCUUCUUAUAGCCUAGGCCAUCUCUUUGUAGAGCAACAGUUCUUUUUUUCAGAUCCUCAGAGAGUUCUUUGCCACUAGGUGCCAUGUUGAACUUCCAGUGACCAGUAUAUGAGAGUGUGAGAGCGAUCACACCAAAUGUAACACACCUGCUCCCCAUUCACACCUGAGACCUUGUAACACUAACGAGUCGGACUCCGGAGCGGGAAAAUGGCUAAUUGGGCCCAAUUUGGACAUUUCCACUUAGGGGUGUACUCACUUUUGUUGCCAACGGUUUAGACAUUAAUGGCUGUGUGUUUAGUUAUUUUGAAGGGACAGCAAAUUUACACUGCUAUACAGGCUGUACACUUACUACUUUACAUUGUAGCAGGGUGUCAUUUCUUCAGUGUUGACACAUUAAAAUAUAUAAUAAAAUAUUUACAAAAAUGUGAGGUGUGUACUCACUUUUGUGAGGUACUGUAUAAAUGAGAAUUAGAAACUAUACAUCAACAAACCCUCCAGUCAAAUUUGCUGGAUACUGUCCAAAGGCAAGAAAACACAUAUUAGGAUUUUAAAGGUACAUAACAAAAUGUUAGGGUGAUUUAAGGUAACAUUCUAUAGUUCAACAUAUUGAGGAACAAAGCUUUAUUGAAGACAUUAGUGGGAAUAUGUAUCCUAAUUUAGAGGAAUAUUUUCAUCACAGCUUUAAUGUAAUUACUCUCUGUACAGAAUCCAAAUACUCAUUCCAUUAAUAUUGUGGACCAGUGCCAGAGAAAGACAUGUGUGUUAUACUAGUAUUUACCACUAGAUGUCUCUCCAUCUUUGUUUCCAACAUAGAAACAGUAUCAAUAGAAAUUAUUCAGCCGUCUCAGAUAGACUUGUACUGUUAAAUCAAUGUAUUUGUUUUCUGUACCAGUAUAAGAAAGUCAGAGUUCGAAGAGCAUCCUAAACAAAGCAGAGACUUUUCUUUUAUGCCUUUCUGCGUCCUCUAGCUAAAUAGAAUAGUGAUGACGAUAUAGUAUAUUAUAUUUAUCAGAGUUAACUUGCACAUGUGAUACUUAGAAUGUUUGAAUGUUUAAUGAAAGGCUUGUACAAUCUAUAUUCAUACUCAGAAUUGACUUGCAAACAGUUACGUUUUGAAUGUCCAUUAUAUUUAGUUGAUUGAUCACUUAUUAUUUUGUAAGUUUACAUUGAUAACAUUAUGAUUUUCAGUAAUUAAUGUUUUUGUUGUUUUGUUUUUUUUGUUUUCAGACAUGUCAAGAUUUGGUGUCCAAGCUGAAGAAUGUCACUUUAGGUAAGUCCAUUGAUAACCUGAAAGAACAUAAGUUUAGCUUCCAGACUCUAUUCUGCUGCCUGUAUCACAGGCUUAUUUGCUUAAGUGUGAAUUUUCAACAAAUCAGUGUGACUUUAAAAUGUAAACCAAAAACAAUGAAUUGAAAAUAGAGCUGACUUUUUUUUACAAUUUUGCUAAUUUGACCUAAACUUUGAAAUCCACUUAGAAUUUUAGAAAAUUCACAAGCACAGUGAAUAAUUCAGUUAAUUUCUGCCAGGAAUUCUGGUUCUGUCCCUACAUCUUGUUUUGGCCCUUGUUGCUCCACAUUUGAAGACAUCAUGAAAAUGUCCCCAAUCAGUGCAGUCAGUAGUAGGACUAAUGCCAAAUUAAACUACCGGUACUUUAUUUAACUUGUUCAGCAGUGCCCAGUAAUCCAAAUAGUCAAGGAAACUUUUUUCCUUUAAUAAAUUGUAUGAAGGGAGACAGGGACCCGAGAUCUCCUUGCAUCAUAUCCUUUGUAAGGAGUAUAACUGAAUAUGAUAUUUGAAAUGGUGCAUUUAAUUAAUGUGCCAGUAGAUAAAAUGCACAUCAUUGUUUACACGUGUCAUUUUCAUACAUAUACAAAUAUACAUAAACAUAUGCCUAUACGUUUGGAUGCACAUAAUUUAUGUAGUUUAAGCCCCUGAAAACCUGGUUUAAAAUAGGUGUACUUAAAUGGUUGACUGACAUUGCGUAUACAUACAUUUACUCACUGUAAUAUUAACAUUAAACAAUAAAUAUAUAUAUAUUAAUGAAUGUGUUUGUGUAAAUAUAUAUAUAUAUAUAUAUGUGUCCAAUGCUUGCACUCCAGUAACAGAAAUUAUAUAGCCCGAUGCUUGUCAGCGAUAAUAAUAGUGAUUUGGUAUAAAGAUAGCACUCCAAGGACUUCAUAGAAAGUAUGAAAAAAUAACUUAGCUUUUAUUCAGCAACUGCCACAGUGGAUCAACGUAUCAGUUCUAUGUCAGAAGUUUCGUCAGGCUGAUGCUGAAUAAAAGCUAAGUUAUUUUUUCAUACUUUCUACGAAGUCCUUGGAGUGCUAUCUUUAUACUAAAUCACUAUAUAUAUAUAUAUAUAGAUUAUAUGCAUCCUAUUUUACCAACACAAACUACCUUGUUUUACCCUGCAGGUUUACACAUUUCUCAAAUUCCGCAUUCCCUGGUUUUGUCACUUGGACAUCAACUGGACCAGUUCAUACCAGGACAAAAGAACUUCAAGGACCUUGGCAUAUCAUUGGGACUAUCUACCCAGAUAAUUAAUCACAUGCAGGGAUUUGAGGCCCUGCACACCCACCUCUCCACUAGAUCUUCCUGCACGUUGCUGCAAAUGGUGCAGACUCUACAGGACCUGGCACGUGUUGAUGCACUUUCUGUAAUUUGCAAGCAUUUUGGCCUACAGUGA